UUAUAAUUACCAUUGGUUACACAAGAUUGUGAGACAAUCGCUUGUAAAAUCUUCGAUAGCUUUCCUCCUAAGACAAAUAAACAAUACUCAAACAACAAUCUGAGAUGCUAGAUAAAUUUAUCUUAAAGGUUCAUAUUUUAAAGUACAAUUUAAAGCUCUUGUGAGGAGUUAUUUGCAAGCUAUGACAAAUAUUGAAAGUAUACUGAUGGGUCUACAUUACCUAUUAGCAGGAAAAUUAUUUUUUCUAGUUAUUUUCACUAAUAAAUAACAAAAUAAACAAAAAGUGAUAAGACAGUAAUGGAGACAUGUUAAGUUGGUCUAAGUUGUGUUUUUCUACUAUAUGGCACUCAAUGCUGUCCUUGCAUCUGUAUGAAAUCCAAGUCGCAGACUCUUGAAACUUGCUUGAGUAAGUCUACAUUACAUUUUGUCACAGUGACAUUAAUUUUUCCACAGGAAUGUCAUUAAGGCACCAGAUUUAUUUGUUCUCUCAGCAGUGUGAUAGCUCCCGGCAAUAAUGUGACAUAGAUAAAUGCAGACUUGAUGUUCUGCAGUGAUGGAUCGCUCAACACAAGCAAGUUCAAAGUCACAAGCUGAGAGAUUUAUGUUGAGCAAUAAAAAUAAAUUUGAUAUGCGGAGAUGUAUAUUAACAUAUAUCUAAAACAAAACAAAAAAUCAUGGGGUUUAAAAUGUAACACUUGUAAGAUUAAGUGUGAGAUUUGCUGUGGGGUAAAACAUGCCAGACAGCUGUUGUGGUUCUUAAAAGUGGACUCUACUGGCACACAAGUGACACUUUUACAUACAAAUGGGCCAACUCAUUAUCAGGAUGAGGAUAAGACCUUUGCGUCCUGAUUUGCUCUCAACUUUAGACUCUCUAACAUCUGUGGUGCUCAAAGUAGACACUGCUUUAGCGCCUCAAACCCUCCUACAAACAACUAACUCAGCUCUCCUCGUCGUGAAUCAAAGUGAAAAUCCACGCCGUGGCAUCUCUCCCACUCUGAUAUCGCCGCUGACAUCCGUCUGUAGGCUGCUAGACAGAAAGUGGCUGGUCCCCUACCUCCUCCACCCCCUCUGCCUCCCCCCUGCGGUGACGGAGUCCGCCUCUGUAGUUUGUAUCCGGGUAGAAAAGCAGCAGCUGAAAGCGCCGCGUUCCACUGGAUGGACUCACUUACCCAGAAGCCAACGCGACGCCUCAACUUACUGAACUGGCUUCUUAGGCUUCGGGAGUGUUUCCCAUUUAAACAAACAGUGCCGAAGAUGGCGGAGAGUUAAUGGUGUAAAGAAGAAAUUAUCGACCCCUGCACAGAGAUACGCUCACAAGGUAAGCGCGUGCUGUUUGCUUUGCUUAUAAUCGGUUAAUCGGACUCGACUUUGCAUGCCGAUCGAAGACGGAAAUGUGCAGACUUGGGCUCACACACAAUAUUGGCAUCGGUACGGUGCGGAGGGCACAGUGCAUGGUCAUUUUUAUAUGUGACAGCAAAGGUUCACUCACCUGUCCGUGACCGAGAUGAAGUGGACUGUAAUCUCAAACAGGGAGUGAUUUUUCACGCGGGUGCAGCAAAAUGAAUGAAUGUUUCUGUAAACUUAACUUGAUCGCGAAAGCUGGCCAGUUUACGCACAGGAUGGUGGAUCGCAGAAGUAUUUCAAAUAAUACAGCAGAGCCAUGAGAAGUUUUUCUGAGCGACACACACACUUUACGCACACAUGUUAUCGCUAAAAACACACAAUCAGGAUGAUUUUAAACCAUUUUAUCCGGCUUGGUUCCUCCUGACCUGUCCGUGAUAGUCGCUGUAGUGAAACAGCUGAGCCUGACGCUGUCGCGACACAGAGGGAUUUCGACUAAACAUGUUUGCAGACCAUGUGCAUGCAUGUGCUCAGGUGCAUUUUAUAUGCAUCAUGCUUCAGAAGGCGCUACUAUUACAUGUAAGUGAUUUUGACGCUGCGAGCAUGCAGUGCAGGAAAAGGCAGACGAUGCAAGCUGUCUGACUGUCACCCAGCCUGCAUGACUGCCUGCCUGCCUGCCCGGGUCCAGACUGAUGAGCGAUAAAAAGUACACUGACUCUACUGUAUGCCUCCGCUGACUGGAGCACGCUUUGCCAGUAAACAUACGAGGUGAAAGCGUGAAUGAGCAUGAAUGUGCUCCUCUUUAACCCUUCCUGUCAUCUUCAUCUUCAUCUCUGAUUAUGUGUCUCACUGUAUCUGCAGGGGGCAGCAACGUGGCCCUCUACAUGUAUACUGUCCUGUGACUCUGAGGGUCCAAGGUGUGAGCUGAAAGAGUGUUGAGCAACUGUGUGUUUGUGUGCACAUGCAAAAGCAGCACGUCCUUGGGCAUGAUACCAAACCCCACUACAAAACCUGCUGGCUUUGGAUAAUAGCAGAGUCCACCCUUCAGUGUGUUUAAACAGCGGCGGACUGGAAGGGAUGCAUAUGGUUUUGGUGUGGACAGGUAAAGGGAUAUCAGGUGGCGUUUUUAACAUUCAACUCAGCAUUUGAAUCAAUUUGGAGUAGCUGAACAGGGAUGAAACUCAUCAUUAUUGCCAUGUUUUAUCAAGAAAUCAGUGUAUAUUUUUUGGGGGAAGAUAGAAAUCAUCAAAAAACUCCAAUUAACCUCCUCACCCAUGGAGCAAUAGACGGCUAUUAGACGUCUAGAUUCGUCUGUAUAUUUUUAGACGUAAUUAGACGUUGCACUUUAACCCAUUAUUCAGUAACUAUUUGUUUCAAAAAGCAACUGCAUAACUGAUCUUCAAGUACUUAACCUAAAUAAUUAUGAUAGUAGUUGAGCAAUAUACUGUGUAGUAUGGAUAUAGCCCAGAUUUAUAUUUAGUCUAAACUUGGUCUAGAAUUAGACGUCUAAAAAACUUCAUUUUUAGAAGUGGUAGCCUGAUUUUAGACCAGUCGUCUAGGCUAAAUUUAGACGUUUAUUAGGCAGACCCAAGCUCAUAUCUAUCAAAUGACUUGUUUUGUCUGUACAAUGGCCCAAAUACAAAGAUUAAAAUGAUAUAAAUUUAAGGAAGAUGAGCAAGUACAUGUAUUUAGGUAUGCUGCAACCAGUAAUGGUUUAACUUUUCGAGUGUUAAAAGGCAUUAAAGCGAGUUUUCAUAAAGCAUAAGCUUGAAGAUAAAAAAAUCAAUUUUUAAAAUUACAGUCAUGAACUUGUUUUCUUUAAAAAGUUCUUUUUCAGUAUUCUCAGUCAGCCAUCAAGUGGCAAAAAAUGUGGUUGAAAAGAUACGGUGAGUUCUUUUUCUUGCCUUUUCAGUGAAAUUUAUUUCUAGGUUUUAAUACAUCUCUGACACAAAACACUGCUGAGGUGAUAAAAGGUUCUUGAGUUGUUUAAAAGCAGACAACCUUGCAGAAAACCUUGCAGUCAUUUCUAUUUUCAUGUGAUGAAGACUGUCGUGAAUCGACGGGUUAAAUUUAAUAUCGCUUUGUUUGGUGGGUUUAUUAGAAAAAUGAUUGUUGGUUAAUUUUCAUUUGAUGGUAAAAAAAAAGGACGUAUCCACUGUCAGUCUGCUGCACACGAGGAGGGGUGUGGCGGCGUGAAGCCCUCGUCCUCUUCCACAGCACCAUACCCCUGACAGAUUUACAGUCGACUCUGUGGCCCCGAGUCUCCGCACACGUGCAGACAGACACGCGCCUGCAACCUGCUUACUAGGAACCAAAAGGACCGUGUACUGGGAGGGGUGGGAUCCAUAGGCAGCCAUGAGGGGGUCUUCGCUAUGAGGAUGGCGGGAUGAAUAUGCGGACUAGGAGGAGGAGGAGGAUGACAUUGAUGCAUGAUGUUUGCUGAAUGGGAAAAAGGGGACAGAGGUUAGCAGGGAUGCUGGUGACUGGGUCAGGCGCUGGGGGCAGGGCUCACAAGGCUUAGAGAGAGGGAGGCAGGACCUGGCACACCAGCAUGGGAGUAUGGGAAGCUUUGUGUGUAAAAGGCAGAGGAGGGGGUGUGUUCAGUGAGAAGAGCUCAGGUGCUGGAAUUUUACCUGACAGUUUUGGUCUUUUGUUUCAUUCCUGGGGCUUUUGUGGAUCUCUUCUCUGCCCUUAUCAACUCUGCACUGCCGUUUUGGUGUUUUUUUCUACCUCAUUUGUGGAAUCAGGAAGUUUUCAGAUUUAAACAGACCACAUUCUUGGCUCUCUCUCUCUCUCUGUCUCUCUCUCGCUAUGUCUCUCACUGCCCCCCCCCUUCCCUGCAGUGUAGUGAGCUGAGCUGUUGUGCUGUUGUUGUUGGGGCCUCUCUCCCAUGUGUCAGGAUGUGUUAACCAGAAGUUAAUCCUUGCUUGUUUUAAUUGAUACUGCUUGAUGGAGGAAGGGUCCUUUUUAGUUACUCAUUUUGCUCCCUUCACUUUGUAUUUGGACCUUUCAGCUGUGGACACAACUUCUUCUGUAAGGCCUAAUCUGAAGUAGUCUAACGACAUUUGUUUCAAUGACAAGGGCAGUGUAUUUUUUUAUUAUAUUGAGUAUGUGGUAUUACUUUUUUUUCCCAGGUUUGCCUUGGUUUUCUAAUAAACUGCAACAACAAUCACUGUCUAUUAUUGUCUGACGGCGCUAUGGAUGAGAUAAGAUGUACUUUGUUGUCCCUGAGGGGAAAUUUGCCUUGGAUAAUAGAACGAAACACACCAAAUUAUUUUGGAAUUUUGUAACUUAAGUCUCACAUUAACAAGCAUGGCACACGAGACAAUAACCAUAAAACGAUCAAAUGCAGAUAGAAUACAAGAAAUAGAUAAGUUCCAUGGAUAUGCAGGUGAUGUGCAACAAAUUUGUCCAAAAACAGGUGUCAAAUUUUCUGUAAUUAGACGUGUUAGUUAGCAUUCAGCGACUUACAACCAAGAGUUUCUUUUCUGUGUAGCCUUGAGACACGCAACAACAAAACCUUCAUUUUUCGUCCCUAAGAGAAGCACCCGUUCUUACAUCUCAAUUUAAUUUAAGACUAAAUGAAAUGGUCUGUUUGCCACUGUCCAGUUCUGACUAUUGAUUUGCAAUAAGAUUAAACUGAUAAGACAUUGCAGUGUCAACGGGAGCAGAAGGAAGUGGCAGAUUUAAUAACGCACUGCUGUAUCUUCACCAUGUUGUGCUACGAUCGUGCAUGGAGUCACAAGUGGAGAGAGGAGAGCAGGGAGGGAAGCCGGAGAGGCAGGUGUGUGCAUAUGUGUGUGUGUGUUUGUGUGAAAAGCACAGGUACAGAAUGAGACAAGUACACAGAGACUGUCACAAUCACAUGCGUUAAUGAACGUUAACAUGUAAGCUUUUGCCCGAAAUAACUCUAAAAAUAACUCUUUUUAUUUUUUACUUCCACUCAAAUAAUUUUGAUUGUGAUUUAUGCCGUGAUGGAGUGGUCGUAGUGGACAGCAGCAACUCUUAAUGCUGGUUGACACCUGCCAUAAAACUGUGGGAAAACGAAGAAGCAGCAGGAGCAGCAGCAUUCUCGCUGUAGCAGCCCUCUGAAAUAUGGUUAGACACUUUUAAACCUGAUGUUCAGAGGUUUAAUGUGACUCCAAAAGCAGCUUAAGUUCAAGUUGAACAUCCAUAACCUCAACUGCUCCUUUUAGCUGUUGACAGUCAGUUUCUUAACUAAAGAUCUAAAGGAAGUUGUGCAUACUUCUUUCAAAAUAAAAGGAAAUAAAACAACAGUAAAUGUUUGCUUCUCACUUAAAACACCAAACAGAUUUUCACGUCACUUUUGUUAUUUUGUUAAAACAUCUCUUGCACCAUUCGGGUUCCCCUGCUUUUCCAGAAGCAUAGCUAGUAUUUGCUAUGCUAUUCAAAUGUUUUGCUCCUCCACUUGUUAUAAUGAAACAGAGUGGAUUUGUCUAUUGGCUUUGGCUUUGACACCCAAAUGAGCUGUGUUUUUUUUCAUUGAGCUAACAGUUUAAAACCAGAAAUACCACCCACAUCCUGUUAAAAAACCAUCUUGGCUGCUGCAAAGGCUCAUAAGGCCACUCUCCACUUAACUAUCAAUAAAAAUCCUUCAUGGAGAGUCUUUUAAGAGCUUUGAAUUUUAUUUAUUUAACAUUAGACAUUUAAAUUAUCCUCAAGUGUAAAUGAUGAUCUGAUCUACUUGUUGAUUCAUUUAUUACAGAUAUCUUUCUCUCUUAAUCUGUCUCUCUCUCUCUCUCUCUUUCCCUUGAGUACGCUCAUAAAUAUUUCACACUCAUAAACUAUUACGAUUUGUACCUCUUAUAACGCAGAUAUACCUCUCUUUAUUUAUUCUUCUUGAGCGCUGUUGAGCUCAUUGUCAGUGCAGCGUGUGUGAAUAACAUGACUUCAGUUGACUGGGUGCGUUGGAGUGGUUGGGCAGGAAGUUGACGUGCAUUUCGUGAGUCAACAUGAUACGGGAAGUGAUGUUUGUGCCACACACAAAUUCUCAGUGGAGACACACCUCGCAACUUUACACAUUACAAUUUGUUUUUAAGGAAAAAGAAGUCACAAAAAAGCCCAAACCUUCAACUGGGAUGAACAAACUUUUCCACAAAACAAGAAAAAAAUCAUAAUAUAAACACAUGUUAUAGAAUGACAAGUAUAUGACAGUGAUAGUGAUAUCUUGUGGAAUUAAGGCAUCAAACUUAUCUACAAACAACUGGCUUUUAUAAAGCAAAGUUUGAAUUGAUAUUUUGUCGUAAAGCUUCCCAAAGGAAAUUAGUUUGAUGUUUACGCUCUUUUUAGUUUCAUUUUGGUGAGGGAGGAGGAAGUCACUUCUCACAGAUGCUUUUGGAGAAAAGUCAAGACACCUUAUUGAUUUAUUUGGUGAAUAUCAUAAAAUCUCCAUUGCAGAAAACUUCUUGUUAAAUAGAGCUACAAUUGGGUUCACUUAAGAAGUCCAGCACAGUGGUACCAAGGUCUUUAAGGCACAUUGUGUGAUCAGGGAUGGUAAAAUAAUCAGCUGAACAUGGGAGUAUAAAAGUAUUCUUUAUUCUGUAGAUAGUGCAUUUUUAUCUGUUAAAAAGAAUUGAACAUCAACACUUUUAUUAAUCGUUAUUCAUCAAGAAGAGUCAUACGCAGACACAGUAGGUGGCAAUCAUAAACUGUGUAAUGACUGGACAUAGCCUUGGCGACUUCACCUAUUUGUUUCUCAAGUGGAGUCAUGUUAGUGACGCCGACUUAACCCACCAGAGGCGGGCCUUUAGCCUCCAUGCAGUGUGCCUGUCAGUCAAGUCAGCUGUGCUCUGAUUGGCUGACAAACUUCAAAAUGAACUUUCUUUCUUUCUUGUUUAUUCAUCUCAAACUUUAAGAACAACACCAAAAAAAACUAGUAUUGAACAAAAUAAUACAUAUGUAAACCAAAUGACUGUACAUGUCAAACAUAAAUUUACACAACAUAUGUAUAAAUACCUACAUUAUAUACUCAAAGAUAUCUGCGUAACACUAAAUAGGUUACUUAUCAUAAUUAUUUGCAUAUUAUAAUACUAAUCAGUGUUAUAAUACUCAUAAAUCUUUUAAUACUUCUCUAUAGUUUGGUUUAAAUAUUUUUAUGUUAUUGGACUUGACAGCGCUUGACAUGUUAAAGGUGUUAGACAGCUACAGAAAGGUUAACAGGGACAACUCAAAACUGAAGCUGGACAACAAACCAAAAUAAUCAAUAUGAAGUUUCUCUAGCAUACUACAUACAAACCUGCUUUUAAUUUUAUCUGGAUUUUCAGGAAGUGACAACAGCUAUAGAUAUCAACUUAAGGAUCAAUCAUUGAACCAGCUCCUCAGGAAGACGUCAAGUUAUGGAAAAUUUGCACCAUAUUCUAACAUUUUAUAGUCCACAAAUACUGAUUUUAAAGUGUUUAUAAUAGAAAGAAUGAGAUAUAAAGUCAGAAUAUUGUCUCAAGUGUUGUAUCUUAUUGCUAACAGUAGUAGCUUAUGUCAGACCUGUGUUUAACACUGAUCAGGAGGGAGUUGUGAAACUAGGUCACUGAACACGCUUUGACCUGCACUGACUAACAAACACAGGUCGUGGCCUUGUGUUAGCCUGAAAUUGAUCUAAGAGACGUGUUUGUCAGCUCUGCUUUUAAACUCAGUCAGUCACUUAUUUGUCCUUUACGUAGAGAUUUUGACGAAUGUUUUAGGUCGAGUUAAGAAGCUGGAAAAUAGUUUGUACAGUCUGUGAUAAUGGAAUAGCUUAAUAUCAAACAGAGCUUCGCAUAAGAGCUGAUGGGAAACGGCAGAGAGAGAAAGAGAGAGAGAGAGUAAGGGGUGAGCUGCCUGUCAGAAGCACUGUCGGCUGUGUUUCCUCUGCUUCUGAUUCCUUUUCCCCCAGAAUGCCUCAGUGCAGCUCAUGUCCUCUGCUGCUUUAUUUUUCUGAGAGCUAUUUCUUCUGUGAGAGGAAUGUCAAGUGCCCAUCUCGCUGCAUUUCUCCCUGUUCUGUGUUUUGUUGUGUUACUUUUGAUUUCCGUUUCUUCUUUUUUUUUUUCUCUUCCUCCUCCUCCUUCAGUCUUUGUGUCUCCCCUGCUGCGUCUCUUUCUGCCUGGCAGUACAAAAUUAGCCGGUGCCCAGGCCUUCAUAAAUAUAUAAAUAAGUUUGUGUUAUUAGCAAACAUAUUGUCUUUGUGCGACCGUGGCUGUCUUUUGUGUUAGCACAGGUCUGUGUGUGUGAGUAAAUGUGUGAGUGUGUGAGAGAGAGAUGAAGGAGGAGAGGAGGAGGAGGAGGGGGGAGGAGGAGAGACGUGGAGAGCCGUUUUAUUAACGUGGUGACUCCCGCUAAAAUUCAGGGAGUGCUGUUGCAUCCAGCUGUUACUGGUUGCGCGAGGCUUCGUUGCCAUGGCAACACAGCCCUGCGCGCCUGCUCAAGGUCGUUCAUCCAGCUCUGAACUGAGCAGCAGAGGAUGCACAUGGAAAGAGCGAGCAAGAGAGAGAGAGAGAAACAGAAAAACUACUUCAAAGUGACCAAUCAAAAGCACUUCAGUGACGUUGUGUUCAGUGAACAAACUCAACACCCUCCAAUCCCCCCCUUUUCUUACACACACAAACACGCACACAUAGACACAUACACACUUACUUUGUUCAAUAAAAAACAAACAAAAAAGAACCUCUGGCCUUGGGGCUUGUAGCUUCUUUUGCCAGCUGAUAAAAUAUUUAGCUGGUCAGUGUGAGAGCGAGGGAUACGGUGGCUGGAGAAGAGGCGAGCAGCAGAGCUCGUCUUUGUGUUUUCCUUUCUCUAAUGGUGCAUUGCUGUGAGGCUACCUGGGGCUUCCUCCACCUCCUCCUCUCUCUUCUCCUUGUCUUUACUCAGGGGCUGCAGCAUCCCUUGGGGGGCUCCUCUGCGUGUUUGCCAGCUCUGACUGGAGUGAGUAUGGCCCCGUAGUAUUUUUUAAGGCCCAAACCCACUGCAGCCCCUUUUUACAGGGCCUGUUCGAGACGGGACUGUUACACCUCUGCCAUCGCUCUGCCAUCAACUUGAAUGUCAAGGAGGUGUAACGGUGGUGUCUUUCUCCUGCUGAGGUUGUAACAGAACUAGAAGGAUAGAUUACGUUAUAUGGCGAGCCUCAUGCUGGGAUGUAAAUGCAAAAUAACAUCUGCACAAAAAAAGAUGAAGGUUGAUAUUUUACAGGAGAUGUCACACUGCCAUCACGGCUUUUAUUGAGACCAAAUAGAGGAACUCUCUCUCUCUCUCUCUCUCUCUCUCUCUCUUGCUAAAGCUGCUUUUUUUUGCUUUGUGUGUAUGUGGAUUUCAGUGUUUCUGCAGCCAGCCCCAAGUGGACGAUUGGGGAACUGCAAUUUGUAACACUUUCGCAUUGGCUUAAUUUCUCAAGAUUGGAAGUUGGCGCUUGAUGGUGACCUUUUUUUCCAAUUCUAAAUGUAUUUCAAAUCUUAAACUAUUACUGGCUUGUGAUGAAUACAAAUUCUGUUAUGAAUAUACAAACAUAAGUAAUGUUCAGAAAUCGUAAGUAUAACGCCAUGUAUUUUACUAUUUCAUUUAUCAAUAAAAAUGUGUCACUGGCUCAGAUAAACAUGCGUAGGUGGGUGUAUGGUUCUUGCAUUUUUAGGACUCUUACAGUAUGAAUGCAAACGGAAAACUAACAUUGUCACCAGACUCGAGAAAAAAGUUUGAGGGGAACAAAAACUACAUUUGAUUAAAUUUUGUGACUCGCUUAAAGGGAUAUUUCGGUGUAAAAUUAAUUUAGGGUCAAACACACUGUAACACCGAGUUAGACAACCCCUUGAGAAAUGAGUGUUGUUGACUGCUUGCUUCUCUAGUUAUACCAACUUUAGUAACAACCGCACAAUAGCAAUACACAGUGGUCUGAGGAGCCAUAAACAAACCUCAACCAAAACUCCACUCUAUAGCCACAAAUAAUGCUCAGAACAGCACCUAACUUCAUCAUAUAGGGUACAUAUAGGGUCCCAGCCAUAGCACUAUCCACUGAACAUCUUUUUAGCUUUGCCAAAUUUCUUUUGCAAAGAGACUAAACACAACUCACCUACUCUCCUCCAGCAGCCGCUUAUUCGUAGCGAGACCUCAGGCCAGUCGGUAUGGUGGUUUCAAUCAGACUGAGACGCUAAGGCAGAAGAAGUACCGCGUCUGCAGGGCAAAAUGAUUAAUAUGAUGAUUAUUACUUAAAGGAAAUGAUUUUAAAAAAGUCUCCCGGGGGGUGUCUAACUCGGUGUGAAGGUGUGUUUGACCCUAAAUUAAUUUUACGCCGGAUUAUCCCUUUUAAAUAUGAAAAAUGGCAACCGUGACAAUUUCAGGGAGUGUAGUUUGUUUACAGGAAAUUUCAGGAAAUUAAUCUGGUGAUUGUUUGGUUUUCAAGCAGCGACUAUUUGAGGACUUUGUACCUAAAUUUGGGCUGUUCGAAAGUUUUAGUUUGAUGACCGAAGAUUUAAGAUGGUUUUCCAAUGAUCUCCUCGAACUGAGGUGAGAAGAAAUAUCCGCUCUGCAAACACACAGAGGUGAGAAAGCAGAGACAAGGUUUACAGAACAGCCCUACCUAUUUUUGAACGUGCUUCAUAUCCACGUUACGACAGCAUGUCCUAGUGCCUGACAAGGAGGUUGGUUUCUUGUCCUUUUCUUCCCUUUUUUUCUGCCAGUACGGGUGCACACAGAGUUCACAAACCAGUGCAAAAUAUAUAUACAUAUAUAUAUAUAUAUAUAUCCCAGUUUUCUUGGAGAGAGGUGUCGAAUCUUGUAGUUUUCCUGACAUAAUUCUCAUGGCAGAUGUGUUGCAUGUGUAUCUUUGUUUGAGAGAGAGUUAUAAAAACAAAAGCUUUCACGUCUUCUUAGGCGUGCUGAAAUGGAUUUUUAGAGAGAGGAGGGGGUUAGCCACACGACUCUUUUCACUGUAAGGUAAUGGAUGCUUAUUAAAGGGGUCCUCAGAGGGGUUUGUGUGUGUGUGUGUGUUUAAGGAGAGGAGCUCUGUUUUUUUACUUAUUUUCCAUUGUAAAAAUCCAGGCCUGGUUUAUAUGUGUUAGAGCUCCUUUACGUGCCUCCACACACACACUCACACACACACACAAACAUUUAUGAGGUAGGAGUCGAGGUAAAUGUUACCAGCUGCAGCACAGCAAGCAACUGGCUUCAACUCUGUCUGAACCCGGCUGUUACGUGACCACCUCCUCAACUUAAUUCAGCCUUCCCCUGAGCUGCCACACCUCCUAUAUCACUCUACCCCCCACCACAGAAUCAUAGACACACACAUUCAAACACACACACACACACACAACAUCAUCUCCAUCUCCAUCCGGCGGCUCCUCUCUAGUGUCACCAGCAGCAGCAUCACUCAUCUCAGGAUAACAGGAGAGCACUCCAAGGUCUGCUACCCCCACCUCGUCACCUUGGUAUGGAGCAGCGAGCCGGCCAGGCAGGCUUCAUCUGAUUGGCUGCCCCUCGCCUCCCCUUCGAGGUCACACUGUUGACACAAUGAUGUCAUGGAGGCUUGUUUAUCCAUAACUCCUGUCAGGCUCCGUUGCAACAUACUGUACAAAACAACAGCACCUUGCGUAAGCCGUUAUUGUAGAAAUCUGAUUUAUUUUCACGCUAGAUCCUAGUAGGCUUUUGAAGGUGGUCACCAGUCUACCAGGGGUCCAAGAAAAACCAACAAACCAAGAAUAAAGACUGAGUCAGACCACACUGAUGAAAAAGUAACAAGAAAAUAAGCCAGAUAUGAAAAAUAAAGGUGCUCUACGAUCUGAUUACCUGUCGGUGAGUUUCAUCUCCUCAAAAAAAUCUCAACAAACUUCUAAUCCAUGAUUUCAUUCAUAAAACCUGUAGUUAGUUAUGUAAGAAGGUUCAUCCCAUGAUAAACUCAGUAACACAGUUAAGUACUUAUAAAUAGAGCCGGGCAGGAAAAACUCAUUAUAGCGAGAAAUCAGCAUGAUUCAGUUCGAGACGCUGUUUGACUUGAGUUAUGAAACCUUUGGUUGUGAUCAGUGCUUGAGGAUGUGAUCAGGACUAGAGGUUGAAUAACAAAUGAGAUAUUAAGUUGAUUCCAGCACAGAACAGAAAGUAAACUCUAAAUCUAUGAGUUUUCCAUAUUUACUAUGAAACAUAACUUAUCACUACAAAUGGUUCCAAAGAUGUCCAGUCGUACCGUGAGUGAAAGCUCUUGUGAGGAACUGUGGCGCCCCCCGUCUUUGCUUAUCUUGUUCUCAACAUUCUUAUUCAACGUCUUCUCACCAAUAGAUCUCAUCCAGCUGAUACAUUAAAGUCAAAUAUCUUGUUUGUGUGAAUAUAUAAUACAGUAUAAUAGUGUUUUUUCUUCAGUUGAUCAGCUGACACUAACCCCUUUACCCCCAAUUUCCGGAAGGGCUACAAAAAGGCUGUAUCCACCGAUCGUAGCUGAUAGUAACUGUUCAAGUUAAUGUGUGAUAAUGUUAAUUUUCAUCGGCUUGUUUCUGUUCCGCUGCGGAUCGCCGGACUCCACAGCUGAUUGCAAGAGUUCUAUUUUUUUCCGGGCGCCGGAGCAUACCGGAUAAAAUCAGCACAGAUUAACCUGUGCUGGAAAGGAAGUCCGGCACAGACACAAAAUAAAACAUCCGGCUUCUUUUCAAAAUAAAACGCUCCGUGUUUCAGGUGGAUCAUAUUUCACACCAUGCAAACGUGCGGAAACAAACAAGUAAAAGGUUUAUGGACAGCGUUUCAUCCUGACGACACCGUAGAUGAGAGGAUGAUGAUUUUUUAAGUCUAGAAGUAGAUUUCCUCCUCUGGAAGGACACGAUCUACUGCUUAUAUGGUUAGCCUAUGUGGCUAGAGACAACUGGGUUCAUGUUAGUUCUCAUGUUUUCUGCUGUCUGUAAUCCGCCUCAAAAUUCGCCUCACAAACGGAUCCGGAAGGAAUUGGCGUGCGGUGGAAAUUACCUUUAGCUCUGCACAUCUGCAUCAGACCUAAAUGGACACAUGAGCUUUUCUACCCCUACUUCAUACCCUAUGUAUGUAUAAUGUUGAGUUUUGGAAAUAUUCAUCGCGGUUUUAUGCAUUCCUGUAGUUAAGGAAUAAAAAACACUCGUGCAGGUCUAACGCUGAAGGUUUGGAUUUCCUCUCAGUUCUCUGUGUGCGUUUUUUAAACUAUUUGAAAGCUCGUAAGCAUUUAUGCGUGAUGGAGUAGAAGCCAUUUUAAUUGAUCCCAUUUGACCUGUUAGAUGUUAUCAAUGUACUUUACUCCCAUGAAACUUUAUGACACACUCGACUUGACACAUUUAGAGUGUGUAUAUGACGUACAUGCAUGAAUGUAGAAGGCUCAGGCUUUGUUUCUACCUUCACCCAUUUGUUUUCGCUAAGCAGGGAAAGGUAUGAAGUCCCCUGUGAUGGCGGCAGUUUUUUAUUUUUUAUUUUUCGGGGGGGUUUAGUUGUAUCUGUCUCCCUCCCUCUCUCACAAUGAGCCUGCUGGUCCUGUGAGAUCCCAGUUAUAGUAAACAAGCAGUGACAUCGACAUGCUCUCUUUAGAGGAAUGGAGGCCAGAAUUUAAAUAUUGAUUUGAUGCAAUGUGAGACAAAGAUUCCUCUUCUUCUCGUGUUUCUCCUCUUGCUGCUUUUUAUAGCUGCUGUUUGUGUAUUUUUAGGUGUUGUCCUGCAUAUCAGACUUUUUACCCAAGAAAGCUUUUCUGUUUAAGUUUCCCUCCUGCUCUCGCUUUGAAUUGAGUUUGUGUGUGUUGCUUAGUCUCAGUUCCACAUCAGUAAGACCUGAUGCCCAGGAUGAAAUAUCAUCCCCUGUUGGACUCAGCUGCCCACUCAGGUAACUAUCAGGUGAACGGCCUUGACUUGCCUGCAAGAAAGCUGUCGGUGAUGUUUAUUGAGCUGAUCAAGCCAAACGGACGGAUCACAGACUGACCAACACUUGGUGGAUUCAGGUGUAAUGUGCUGCUUUGAAUGUUUCCUUUCCUCUAUGCAUCUAUAGUCACUUCUUAAACUGAGUAGCAGGAGUGCAUAGAAAAAGACAAAUAACUUUUUUACUGGCAGCUGUUUACCUAGGUGUGAAAGUAGCAAAGCCACAGAGCUUCAAUUGGCAGAUGGACCAAAGAAAGAGACUUUUAAUUCAUGUUGACCAAGAUUGUAAUUCUCUGCAUUGACUCUGUUAGACGAGUUUGAGGAUCAGCCACUUUUGUCACUACAUAUAUUGAGGGGAAAAAAAGCAAAAUUAGGUUAAAAUCAAAGCUGAGACUUGGAAAUUUUAAGAUGCAGAUGAAACUGUUGCUAUUGAUCCCAAUCAACCGAGAUAAUAUCUUUACUGGAAAGCACUUUUUUGGUUGAUGUAGAAUAUAAAUUUUGUUGCAUUUCUUGUCCUGUACACUUACUGUACAAACAUCCUUUCAAAAACAGGGAGUUUGGUCACUCUGUGUUUUCCUGCAAUUAUUUCGGACGUUAAUAUUUUUUUUGAACCCGUAUCCCGUCAAUACAAGGAAGUUUUCCCGUCCUGCGAUAUAGCGGCAUUUAUUUUUUCCUAUCACGGUCGAAUUUUCUAAAGUUUCGCAUACUGUGUGUCCACUUCUGACCAAUCACAUUUUGUGUUGCUGCGAUGCCAGAUUCACUGGUAUAUCCAACAUGGCUGACCGGCUGAUUGUUUCCAUGUCGGAGAACAGAGUGCUUUAUGAUAAAAACACAAAUAUUAUUAAGAUAACGACCUGAAGGACAACUUGUGGAAAGUCAUAGCGACGGAUCUCCCAUAUGACGAUGGUUUGUGUGCUUUAACAGUUUGCUAAAUGUCUUUGUUUUAACUUUCAUCUGUGCUAAGUAACUUUAGCUCAUAAGCUAACCUGUUCAGAUACAACAUACCAUAUGUAUUUCCACUGUCUCAAACUCAGUCGUGUUGCUGUCACAGCACAAUUAGGUCUCAGUUGUUACCUUACGUUUAUGGAUUAUAGUUUAAUGUGCUUAUCUGGUACUGGCCCUGACUCAGUACAUGUUAUCAUGACAGACAGUCAUCUCAACAAUAGAGUCUAAUCAGAACUGAAAAACACUCAGUCUUCUGUUGUGUCAGUCUUCUCGCUUCCACCCGAGACGCACCUUUUUUCCCCCUUGGAAAGUCGCAAAAUCGCAUCACGCUUGAUGUGUAUAGUCAGGUGCGUCAAAAUUCGCCUCUGGAUAUUUCGUAAUUUCGCCUCAUAUAUUUGCGUUGUUCCUGGUGUGUAAAGACCCUAAAGAUAAUCAAAUCGAUGAUCUUGGGUAGGCAGAUGCUGAUGUGUGAGAAAAAAAGGAUGACAGGUCAGAAUUUCUUGUUGAGAUCGGCCAAAAUUGCACAUCACCAAAAAAGAUUCAGGGUUUAGUGGUUUGGUGGACUUCCUGGAGAGCCCGACUCUCCAGUGGAUGUCUGUUACAUUCAAGAGACUCUUAAGCCUAAUUGAAUGAAAGCAGCUUUUAUGUGAUAGUACAGUAACCGCACAUGCAUUUCACAAGGUGCUAACUGGAAACCAUAUUUUCUCAUACGCUAGUGACAGCUCCUCCAAUAAAGGCCUGGUGGAGAGUACGUGUUAGCCCGGCACCAUCUUCCUCCAUACCUCACAAGCGCUAAAAAUAACACCAUCUCUGCAUCAGACUUACUCUGAGAGAAAGAGGGAGGGUGAAAGGCCGGGAGAAGAAGAAGAAGAAGAAGAAGAAGAAGAAGAAGGGGAUGAAGAAGGAGACAGAGCGGGGAAACAACAAUCAAAGAGGAGAAAAGUCUGAUGGAAGGGGAGCAGAGGUAACAAGACAUUAAUUAUUUACCUGCAGGACCCCUCAAGUUCAACCUUUAGCUCUGGUCAGUGGUGUUCAGCAUCACGCACGAGUGUUGUGCACAGUGCUGUGUAGUGUUUUAAAAGCUCUUUCACAUGAUCAGACUAGUGAGCAACGUCUGGAAGUCUGUGCCCACAGAGACCGUCCAGGUGUGCUCAGGUGCUCAGUGGGUGUUCAGGCCUGAAAUAGCAACAAGAUAAAACGGGUACCAGUGAGAAGAUGAAAUAUGAUCUAGGAAGGAUUCGUGUAAAAGAUUCAUGAGUUUCCAGCUGCCUGCACGGUGGUAGACAGGAUUUAGGUUUUAAUUCUGGGAAGUUGGUGAGAAAACUGUGAAGUCAUCCUUCCUGGUUUCAAACAGCUCAGUUAUGGGGAAAGAAAUGUAGUGUGUAUUUCUGCAAUAUGAAAUGUCAUGGGAAGUGCUUUUUCAAGUCACGUGAAUACCAAUUUAUUCACUAUGCAUGCCAGAAAUGUUUAAAGCAGGUUAACAAAAAGUUUAAAAAUCUCAGACACAGACGAUCUGAAUAGACAGUGGUGUCAAACAUCCAGCUACUUCUCACAUCAGAAAACUUGAAUCUGUUCAAAUGAGCGCAACACCCUGAAAGCCUUUGAAGAGAGACUGAAAUUUAUGCUCCAUUAUCUCCAUUUGUGGGAUUCAUUCCUCUUCUGUUCUCUCUAAGAUAGUUUUACUCUCAACUGCGAGUGCGGCCUUUUGGAACAAGCUUGGCCUUUAAAUUCAGUCGGAUGAAACUUUGUAUGGACUACUUUGUUCAGAUCAUCAAACAGACUUUUCGCACUUCUUGUCAGAGAAAUACAUCGUGAACAGGAUUAGACUUGAUCAUUCGAUGGUAGAGGAAAGAUGAAACUUCUGCCUGAGGACUUUUCUCUGAAAACUAGUUGAUUAAGAUACAUUUAGUCAGCAUUAAAUAACAACAAAUACGUGAAAUACGUCAAAGCAAAACAACCAAUAAUGUCAAGCAGAAAGAUCAAGUGUGUUUGCGUCCAGAUGUGUUGUCUUUAAUCAGAGUUUUAGAGACUGUUGCUGUGCGUCAAAAACUUUUACCAUGGUAACUGAGGGACUGGCUAGCCAAAGCUAAUGUAAAAAAAUGAUAAGUUGAGGAUGAAGAUUGUUUUUCAUCUUGCAUUUCAAGAAAAAGUUGAGAUGUUUGGAGUAAAGUUUAAAACUGCAAGAAGCUGAAGUUAAGAGUCAAAAUAGUCUCUUCCUCUAAAGCUGUAAGGUUUGGGAUUUGGCGCCCCCUGUGGACAAAGCUGUCUUUCUGUAUCUUGUUAGCUACUUGCUUUGGUUGUGUCUUUUGAAAGCAUUGCAUCCCAUUGACUUUUAACAGUGAAAUGUUUUUUUUUUCAUGUUAAUAUUUCAUGUGGAAAUUGCGAAAAACAGGGCUGGAUUUAGGCAUUGAAGAUCAGGUUAUAAAAAUCAUCCUUAAAAAAUCCUUAUAAAAAUCAUGCUUUUCAAUGCCACGAAAAGGCGUUAAGAUGUAAUUUAGUUUUUGUAAGAGAUGUCAGAAAACUAAAAGGUUGUUAUUUAAUUUUUCAAAUAAAGUCAACAGCUGCUAAGUGGUAAUGCGACAUAUCCACAGAAAACCGUUUCCAGGUGGGAAAUGCUCCUUCACUCCAUGGCAAGCGCUCACUUUCCUCAGCUUCUAAUUCAUUAACUUGUAAAUAAACUAAGAACAAAUUGUGAGCAGCCCCUCCUCUGUCGAAUAAUUGUACCCACAUGCAUUUUUUUGUAAACAUCUCGCCUAUUUUUACCGGUAAUGACUUCAAAUGUGACUUUUAUCAGCACGAUACAUUGCUGUCUAGCACAUCUUUACCAAUGAACCUAAUUAAGUUUCGCUAACUUCAGCAGACUUUAUUAAAGUUUCCUGUCAGUUCUUAAAGAGCAUAGCUGAGUAUUAAAUUAACACAGAUUUAAAAUAUACUGAAAAUAAUUUUAUGCAAGAGUGUGAUGCCACCACUUUGCAACCAUUUACUUUUUCCUGAAAUUGUCUUUUCUCUUUUUUUUUUACAUUAAGUUUGCAUUUUUUUUCUUAAAAUUGAGCUUUUCAUUUCUUUGAAAGUCAAUUUUUUUUAUCAACACAAUGAAAAAGCUUUAAAAACAGACUUUAAACUGAUUUUUAGUCAUAUCAGAGAUCAGUUUAUCUGUCCAGCAUGUCUGCGCACAUUUGGAGGGUUUGACAGGUUACAGAGUCAACACGUCCACACGUUCAUGUUUGCGGUCGGCAGUUUUAUUAUUUGCUUUGCCUCCUGCUGAUUGUAUACAGACGCUUUACUUUUCCAUUUGACUCCCCAGGACUCAGACACGCACAUUUAUUUUAACUCCUGACUGGUUUGAGCUCAUUUGUGUCUGCUCUGCGUUUAACCUUUGUCCUCGCUCAUUUCAGCCGCACAAAAGCACAGAAAUAUAGCUCCAGGGGCGGAGGGGAGGGGCUGGGCAACUUGUUGCUGUGUGACCGCUGAUGUACGCCAAACACUGCCUAGCGUGUGUUUGUUUUUGAGUUUGUAUUUGUCAACAAAACAAACCGAGGUCCCGGUUAAUGGUCAGGGACUCGAUGAGGCUGAAUUUUUCCACGAGCGCUCUUCUGCUUCACUGAGGAGGACGAGAGGAAGAGAGAAAAUGAAAGAGAAAGAAAGAAACAGGGCGGGUUUUGGUUUCGGUGGCAAGGGGAAGGUUGUAGAUGGUAAGAAAAGGCGUUGGAGUUGACAUUGUUAAAUUUCAAGUGUUUUUCAAACAGUCCAUUUAUUGUGUAACCUUACAGCCGGGGUGACACCGAGGCCUCUCUCCCCCAGGCACAGUGUUACACUCCAUUUGACCAAAGCGGCGCAGUCGGGUUAGAGAGCUUUUUGCAUAUGCUGGUUGUUGCAGAUCAUUCUGGAACCUUUUUUUCUUUUAAUGUAAGCCUCUUGCUUAGGUUUGCUGCAUUUGUUUUCUCUAAAGUUGUUGAAUUGAUCAAUGAAGAUCAGUAUUUUGGAAAAAAAAAUUAUCAAACCUCCAUCUUCAGCUCAUCUGAAUUAGGGGUGGGAAUCAUUGGUGGCCUCACGAUACUAUAUUAUCACGAUACUUGGGCCAUGAUGCGAAAUACUGCGAUUUAUACAAUUUUUUCAACUGUUUAGCUUAUUUCACAUUUGGCUUUCCUUUAUGUUUGUCUUAUUUACACUGUAUUUUAUUUUCAUGUAGCACAUCUUGCUAACCUUAUAAAUAUUUGUUGUACUCACUUUCUCCUGCUCCAUGAUGUCACUUCUGCCAACCUCACUGGACAAAGAGUUAAUUUCAUUUUUCAAUUAUCAUAAAUGUAACUUCAAAUUAACAAUUAAUUUGAAAAAAUUGAUAAUUGGUUCAUGAGACGAUACGAUAUAUCAUCAGACAAAAUAUUGCAAUGCCAUGCUGUAUCAUUUUUUCCCCCACCCCUAACCUGAAUACACGGAUACAAACUGUACAAGAAGUUUUUUUUUAAAAAGCAAGAUGAGUUAUAGUAGAAGAGAGUGUAAGAAGGAAGAUGGAUGACAGGGAUGUAAAGUGAUCUGACUGCAGGUGUUUUAUCAGCUGAUGGCAGAGAGAUGGCCUUCUUCUUGCUGGUUGGCUCUCAGUACCAUGAUUUUAAUCCAAGUACUUUCUGGCAAAGUUUUCAUUAACAUUUUAUAGCUGGAAAGGUUUGAGUUCUUUGAGAACUCUUUGGGUGAAAUAUCUUUUAAUAAAAACCUUCUACAAGAACAAAUGUGCCAACAAAAUACAGCAUUGCCCUUUUUUAUAAUUCAUUUUUUCAGAGGUUUCUUGCAGAAGGGCUCGUAACAUCCCCACAUUACCCUUAUUUGGUGAACGGUGAGAACCAUAAUUCAAAGAAACAGCGUAUUUGCGCUUUAUGUAGAAGUGACUUGUUUAAAGGGAUAUUCCGGCGUAAAAUUAAUUUAGGGUCAAACACACCGCAACACCGAGUUUAGACACCCCCUCGAGAGAUGAAUAUUGAUGACCACUUGCUUCUCCACUUGCUUCUCCAGUUAUACCAACUUUAGCAACUCAUCUCCUCUCUUCCAGCAGCUGCCUGUUUGUAGCGAGACCACGGGCCAGUCCAUUAUGGACUGCUGCGGGGUUACGCAGCUCAAGGAAGAACAUUUAUGAUAUUUUUUUAUCAUUUCCUUGAAGUGAUAAUCAUCAUAUUAAUCAUUUUUCACUGCAGACGCAGUAGUUAUUCUGUGUUAGAGUCUCAGUUUGAUUGCAUUUCCAUGAAGAAACCACCAUACCGACUGGCCUGAGGUCUCGCUACGAAUAAGCGGCUGCUGGAGGAGAGUAGGUGAGUUGUGUUUAGUCUCUUUGCUAAAGAAAUUAGACAAAAUUAAAAAGAUGUUUAGUGGCUAGUGAUAUGGCUGGGAACCUAUAUGUACUGUUGAUGAAGUUAGGUGCUGUUCUGAGCAUUAUUUGUGGCUAUAGAGUGGCGUUUUGGUUGAGGUUUGUUUAUGGCUCCUCAGACCGCUGUGUGUUACUACCAUGCAGUCAUUACUAAAGUUGGUAUAACUAGAGAAGCAAGCGGUCGGCAACAUUCAUCUCUCGAGGGGGUGUCUAACUCAGUGUUAUGGUGUGUUUGACCUUUAAGUAAUUUUGUGCCGGAAUAUCCCUUUAAUACAGCAAGUUAGCUACAGGUGGAGGGUAGAUGUCUGAUCAUGUCUAUUAGUCCGCCCUAUCCACCAUCUACACAUUCAUAGUGUUCACAGCCUGCUGCACCAAUGAAGAUGUGCGUUUCUUAUUUGUGUGUGCCAGUGUGCGCCUUAUUAUCACAGUCAGGUGGAUGAUGGAGGAGGAGGAAGAGGAGGAGGAGAAGGAGGGGAGUCGGGGCAAUUGUGCAGCUGAUGUGGGGGAGAAUAAAACAACGGGCAGCUUCUUCAGUGACCGUGGUGGCUGUUAAUUAAUCAAACACACACAUUCACGCACACAGACAGUGAUGAAGAGGCUAUAGAGAAACACGCACACACCAACACACACAUUAAGUCUCCUUAUGAGAGGCUUGAAGCUCUUCUACUUACCGCCGACCGGCUCUGCUCGCUCUAUUUGCAGAGCCGCCCCUCCCCUCCCUGAUGCUAUGAUCUAACUGCAGCCUCCUCCCCCUUCACACACACACACUCCAUGCUCACAUGCCUGCACUUCCACACAAACUCUCACACACACACACAUACACAUACACACAGGGAAAGGCAGGGGUGCUUAUGCAUCCACAGCACACAUGCAGCAUGCGGGGUGUGUCUGUGCAGCGAGUAUUUAUGCUGUUUUGAUCGACUGUUGUUAACAUGGACUGUGGACUCGGUGCCGUGGCAUGCAUUGUUCAUCCUGUUGAUCUCGCGGUUUUCGGCCCACGUGCCUUCUUGGUGGCAUCAGAGGAAAAGUACAGAAAAUAAGAGAAGAAGAAGAAAAAAACAAACAAUACAGCCUCUUGUUUUUCCUCUCCCUCUUCUCUGUAUCUCCUGAGGUUUUGCUUUUUUGUCCUCUGCGAUCGAGGACAAAUAAACAUGCAGAGGGAGAGGGAAAAAAGAGGGGCUUGCUUGGAAAAAAAACAUGUAGACGUAUAAAAGAAACAGUAGUGUUGGUAUAGUAACAGAGGUGAGCUUCACAUCUUUACAGUCAGAUCCACAGAGUGGGUCAAAGUUCCCGUGCAGCUGGAGACGUGUUCUGAUUGGUUGCGGAAAGGUGAAAUUAAAACCACGGUAAACUUUUGACCUCGCAGGAACAGGCAGAGGAACGCCCAUCGCCGGAGCCAGAGCGAGCUUCUCCUCUUCCUCCUCCUCCUCCUCCUUCUCCUCUCCGCUCUCCCAUCAACGCAACCCCUCCCUCCUCCUUUCCCCCUCCUCUGUAUCUCUCACUUUCCCCUCACCUCUUUCUCCCCCUCUUUACAUUCCCAUGUUGAGUCUGUCAUUCGCUCUUGUUUGCUGCUUUCUCUCACUCCAAACUAUCCUUCCAGUUUAACCCCCCCUCUUCCUCAGUUUUCUCCUUCGCUGUCUCUUUUUCCCCCCGAUGAAUUUGUGCCUUGCUGCAUACAGCCUGAUGAGACAGAGGGAGGGAGGGAGAGAGCAGGAAAGAGCUGGGGGAAGGGUAUAGAGAGGGAGGAGACAGGCAGAGAGAGAGAGAGAGAGGAGAGAGGGGGGAUGGGAAAAGAAACAGAGGGCGAACAGCAAUAGAAGAAGAAGAAGAAGACACGGGGAGAGGAGGGCAGGAGGAAUCCAGUCCCCCUCGCCGCACAAACUGAUAGAGAAGAAGAAGAAAUCUGAAGUCGAGUGAAUGUAUAAAUAGACAUGUAACUGCAGCUCAGACGAAGAUUUGCCGGGCAGCAUGGUGGGGAGAGCCCAUUUAUACUGCUAAUGGUUUCUCUCAUUACACAUCAAACAAGUGGAGGGGUUGUGUAUGUGUGUGUGCGAAGUGGGGUGGGGGGAAGAUUUAAAUGAUUUCAUGAGCCAACGAAAAAGAGCAGCCCUCUCCCUCGCUGCUUUGCAUGCACGCAGACACGUGGGCUCGGAGCUGCAUUUCUAUUAGCAUAUCUGAACUACACAGUGUGGCUGAGUACCGUCUACUGUAACUGUUAGUGCUUUUCACAAUUAGGCUGUUUAAAGAGACCACCCAACCCCUUUCUAAGCUAAUAGGGCCGUAUUUUAAUUAAUCUGCUCAUAUAAAGCAUUUACUGCGCACCACAGUCUGGACUAAUUUGUCCACCACAGUCUGCAGGUGUGAAAGCUUCACAACGCCCAGCCGUACAGUGCAGAUUUAUACCCCACAUUCAAGAUGAAGGGGUGUGAGAGAUAAGCCCUUCAUAAGCAGCAAUCCCUCCAAAGCUCGGUGCGAUGCUACACCUUUGUUCUGUUUUACUUCUAUCCGAACUCGUCACAUCCUGCACACCUCUGUUACAAUCUCAGCUAUCCCACCUGCUUUUCAGAUAUGCACUCAGGAAAAAUUCAGGUACUUUUCAAGGUCCUUACACACCGAGAACGACGCAAAUAUAUGAUGCGAAAUUACGAAAUAUUCGGAGGCGAAUUUGGCAGGUGCGGGGGGAAGAAAGACGCUUCCUGGUUGGAAACGAGAAGACUGACAUAACAGCGGACUGACUGUUUUUCAGUUCUGAUUAGACACUAGUGUUGAGAUGACUGUCUGUCAUGAUAGCAUGUACUGAGUCUGGGCCAGUACCAGAUAAGCACAUUAAACUAUAAUCAAUAAACAUAAGGUAACAACCGAGACCUAAUGGUGCUGUGACAGCAACGCGAUUGAGUUUGAGACAGUGAAAAUACAUAUGGUAUGUUGUAUCUGAACAGGUUAGCUUACGAGCUAAAGUUACUUAGCGCAGAUGAAAGUUAAAACAAAGACAUUUAGCAAACUGUUAAAGCACACAAACCAUCGUCAUAUGAGAAAUCCGAUGCUAUGACUCUCCACAAGUUGUCCUUCAGGUGGUUAUCUUUGUGAUGUUUGUGUCUUUUAUCAAAAAGCACUCUGUUCUCCGACACAUAAACAACCAGCUGGUCGGCCAUGUUGGAUAUACCGGUGAAUCUGACGUUGCAACAACACGCAAUCUGAUUGGUCAGAAGUGAACACACAGUUUGCGAAACUUUAGAAAAAUUGACCGUGAUACGAAAAAUCUGAACGCUUGUUUGACAGGAUAAAAAAUAUUCACAAAUGAAAUAAUCGCACGAAAAAAACACUCCCAGUGUGAAAGGACCUUUAAGGACUCUCAUCUGGAAGUUUACCUGACUAUGUUGCUCACACAGACUUCUUCACGGCAUAAAGUCUCCAAACAGACAGAGAAAGGACGUUGAAAAAAUGGUACAGAGCUGUCAAAUCGUUAGCCGUUUUUCUAUGUAUUACAUCAACAGGGAGACGACCUGACAGUAACAAGCUAAAAGGGGGCGUGUCACUACCUACCAUAGCAGAGGCGGGCACGCAUCUGUCAAUAAUUCUGUUCUUUCCCAGUGUGUAAACUAGUACAAGGACAGCAGACCAGUUAAAUCACCUAAUCGAGCUUUAACUGUAGCUCCACUUAAUCAUGAAAUGAGUAUAAAGCCAUUUCACAGCAUUUUACCUUUUUUUUUGUCCAGUCACAUUCUGUUCUUUGGGGUUUUAUAAUGUUUUCUAUUAAGAUGGGCUACUCGGCAGCUCUUUGCAUGCCAAAGGAGUACUGUUUGAUAUUUGACAUAUUGUUUGAUAGAGGACAUCAGUCUUCGUAAGCUUCUCUGUAGAGAAUCAAAACAGACUCCUAAAUCUCUGACGAUACAAAUAUGAAGGAUCGUGGCAUGAGAAGUAAUUCUGUACUGAGUUCAUUCUUUGACACAACCGAUGAACAAUCGUUGAUAAAAGUUUCAUAAAAGUGAACAAAAACAGGCUGCCUAUACAAAGCUAUAGAAGCUACAGGGGAGAGUGGGGUAAGAUGAGCCAUUUUUCAUAUUUCAGAUCACUUCAUCAAGGCAAUCAUAGUUUUGUCUCGAACUAGUGUAUCUGCAUAAAUUUGCAGACGUGCAUCCCUGCAAACCAACAGAAUGAGUGUAAACAGAACUGUCUUGAUAAUAUAGCAUGCCAAAAAAAGUGGUCUCCUAUGGCUCAACUUACCCCACUCUCCUGACAUGAUACCAGGUGGCCAGGAGGAAAUAUUCUGGGUGAAAUCAGGUCCUGCAUUUUCCAAAUUUGUUCGUACCCAGAGAUUAGGAGUAGGUUUGACGCCUCUGGACUAUUUGCCAAUCAUUUAAAGAGCUGACACAAAGAGACAGAAAACCAUUCAUUAUCGGUUACACCUAUAUUGAAUUAAUUAGCUGAUUCACUGCUUCUUAACUGUGUGUUUUCUGACUAAAGCGAAGGAUUUGAUCGGGAUCACGAACACUCAAUUGGCACACAACACAGCCUCAUUGCAGGUCAUUGACACAAAGUGUGAUCACUUUUCAGAUUUUAAUACAGUUAAAGUAAUCCUUCUUUGGUUUGGGUUUGGUUCUGGGAUGAGUGCACAGAAAGCUAGCAGAGAAAGAGGAAAGGUGUGGAGGAGACGAGAGCCAGAGCCCGUCGUCUAAGAAGAGAGGAAGCAGGAGGAGAGAGACCUUUUUUUUUUUUUUCCUCUUUGGUUUUCUUGCCAGCAGAGAAAAAGAGAAGGCAGUGAGUUAAGAGAGGAGGCUGUGGAUGUUAUUGAGUUAACCAGACAGAGCUGUGGAGAGUGAGUGAGAGGGAGGGAGGGAGAGAGGGAGGGGGAACAGCGGGAGCCGAGAGAGAGAGAGAGAGAGUGAGAGAGUGAGAGAGGGGGGGACCGGCUCGGUGGAGAAGCUGCGCUGCGAUGCUCCGCUUGCUUCUGCCGCACAGUGGGCACCAUAUGCUCUCAUAAUGUAUGGAGCACACGUCAAGACACCCUGCCUCUCCCCUCCAAAAAAAAUUAACUCCUCCUCUUCCUCCUCUUCUUCUCCCCGUCCUUCAUUUUUCCAGCCAAUUACAUCACUCACGAGACAGCCCAUUAGGCGAAACACACACACUCACUCACCAUGCAUCCCAUUAGGUAAGGAGCACCCUGCUGACAUGCACCCAUGAUAAGAGGCACUCCUAACAAACAUUUGGUUCUUUCGCACCAACACGAAAACAAACACACACUUAGAUAAAGCUCCUCUCUGCCUCUAAUAGGAGAGAAGAUUGAUACAGACAGAAGAAAACAGAUUUCUCAAGAUGUCGCUCUGCCCCUGCUUAGCUCCUUCCUCUUUAAAUAUUUAAAGCAGCCAUGGUAUGUUUUAUUCCCCUCAUUGUGUUAUCAUUGAAUUGGUGAUUUUUCCUCUGAUGCUAAUGCAAGUUUUCCACGCGCACCGUGCAUAAGCAGCUCCCUGAACGUGUGCUUGAUGUGUGCUGACAGUGAUGUGCGUGCAGCUGAAUGCAAGUUGAUUUCUGAUUGGGGAAUAGAGUGUGUAAGCAGGGAUUGCUUUCUCCUGCACGCUGUCAUCUGCUUUCAAGGUGUGUCGGCUGCUCUGUGACUGUAAGUGUGUGUGCGUGUGUGUGUUUGUUUGUUGGUGGUUGUGCAUGUUGCCGUGCAGUUUCCCUGCCUCUCUGCCAUGUGCUUUUGUCUGUGGGAGUGAUGGAUGUCAGGCAGGCGGCUAAUGUGAUUUAGAUGCUCCACCAGGAGCUUGUGUGUGUGUGCGUGUUUGUUUGCGGGUGUUUGUGUGUGCAUGCGUGCGUGUCCCAUCCACGUGUGUGCAGCCGAAUCUGCAGUGUUUGUGCAUCUACCUCUUCUCUUUUUCUCUUCUUGCUCCUCGUCCUCCUCCUCCUCCUCCUUUCUCUCCCCCCCAUCAUUUUUCCCUGCGCUGUGCAGUUUUUGGACUCUGAGCAAAUAAAUAGAGGGAGGUGGGGGGUGGGAGGGGAGGAGGGAGGGAGGUGUUUAUGUGGCGAAUGUGCUCCCUCACUGUCAACGCGACGGGCGAAAGCGUGAGGAAGGAGGCAAGGAGGAGGAGGAAAGUGAGAGAGGUGGAGGGGAAGAUGGUGUUCUCUCACUAAGACCGCACUGAUGGGUUAUUGUGAUCCAAUUAUGUCCCAUUCCCACUAAAGAAAGUCUCACAGCUUAUUGGCUCUCUCUCUCUCUCUCUCUCUCUCUCUUUCUCACACACACACCCUAACUCAUCAUCACACACAUGCAUCAGCAAAAGAAGUGCUCUUUUUCUCCUGACAGCUCCAGCAGUGAAGAGAGAGAGAGAGAGAGGAAGAACUUGAGAUUUUCUGCAUGCAAUUUAUUUUGAGAGAGAAAAAAAAACAUCUUUACUCUGAGACGCUCUUCUUUAACACUACCUGAACUGUCCCUCUGUGGUCUGCCAGGUUUGAUUUAUCCGUCUUUAAAUCAGUCUGUAACACAUCAUGUCUGUUAAAUACAAUACUGGACAUGUGUGACUCUUUUCUAAUCACAUUGACACCAUUACUGAGCCUUUUACGGGUUUUUAUUGAGUCCACUACUGAUACUUUUCUACUAUUUGACACCACUUUGUUUUAAUAGUCAGCUACUGCUUUUAGUGAUCACUUGAAUACAUCUUUGCCUGAGUAGCUUUGAUUUGGCUGAUUUUAAUAAGUUUGACAAGAAACACUUCUGUUACAGACACUUGGCUUACUUUGUCAAAGCGGUUUACCUGUCCAGCAGAAAGGUUACAGGGUUCGUAAGAUCCCGAAGCGUCCCCCAUCGUUUAUACUGAUGUUGACCCCGCUUUUUAGCUCUUGUUCGGUCGACCUCCUUUUUAAGCGCCCGUUAUUCCACCAGAGUCUCCAGUAUUUACUUCAUUUUUUUGCUUGCGUUGGCAGUCGUGGACAAAAGGGGAUUCAGACAAUUUUCUGUACUUUCAGCGACAAAACACAGCAAUAUCAUGAUAUUCCCAAAUGUCAUCAAUAACUUAUAGCUAUUGACUGAUAUUAAAAGCUUUUUUGUAUAGACACAACAAAAAAGAUGCUCCUACCCCACCUUUAAUUCUUUGAUACUUGUUUGUUCAGAGACUUGUUUGAAACUGCUGGAAAUUUUCUAGAAAUGUACAGCAUUUAAUCCUCAAGAGUUAAAAGAAACAGUUACCACAGUUUGACUUUAAGGAGUGUAAAGUAUCAUGGCUCACCAGUUGCGCUACAUUACGGGGUCAGCACUGUUGACUUAUGUACUCAGAUGUUGGUUCAUUCCAGGACUGGAAAGAGGGCUGGCUCCGAGCCGAGCUGCUCAUCGGUACUGUAAAUACCACCGUUUAUUUGAUAAAGAGAAGGAAUCAAAACCUUCAACAACAGGCUGUUAAAACUAUUCUCAACUACAACAACAAAGACGACAAUGAGAAAUUCCCAUCUAGAUUUAUUAGAAGUUAAUAAUAUUAGCAGUGUCUUCAUGGAGGUAUUGUUAUUGGGGAGUUUGUUUGUAGCUAAAACAAAGAUACCAUCUCUUCCCAAGCAGCAGAUUCAGAGGUUCAUUUUUAAUCUUGUUAGAAUUUUGUACAAGUUGAAACAAAGGCAGUUGUAAAACGAUUAAAAGCUGAAUUACUUGUUUGUUUUUGAGCUGUAUCUGGAUUCGAAUUGAAAGUUCUUGAUUCGUGGCACGAUUGAAAUCUUGUCAAGGAUCCAACAAGUUCUUUCGAAUCUAAUAAAUGAGUUUUGAUAUAGGUCCAACGAUAACAAAGAUAUUUAUGUGUGCUAUUUGUGGGGAAAAAGGAAAUAGUGCUGUUUAUUGGGUUAAAUUUACAUCAAAUUACCUCAAAUUUGCCUCUGCCGUAACACUCAGUCAUAGAGGCAGAAGUAACCUUCACCUUUUAAUGACCGAGAGGCUGGGUUUACAAUAUCUGUGUUUGUUGCCAUGGCAGCAGAAUGUCCAUCAGAGGCAGGGUUGGUAAUUUGGGCAUGUCUCAUUGACUCAGUCCUUUAAUUAUUCUUGGUUUGUUAGAAAUUCAUUAGAAAUAAAGUGGUGGUACCGAAGCAAGGUCGCUGUUGUGUGGAUGUGGUCGAAGCCCUCGUCGAGCCUUUUUCUCCGUAUUUUUCUUCUGUCAUUUAUUUCACAAGCACUAACUGAAAGCAGGUGACAACUAUUUUCCUGCAAUUCCACCACAUUUCUCUCCUCCCCACGAGGCCUGUAACUUUGUAAUUUACGCUUUGUGAUGACAGGAAUGUCUUAAGUAUUUACCAAAGCUGCAGUCAUUCAUUGCUCUUAAAUAUGACAACCUUUCUUCGCCGCUCAUUGUUAAUUAACUCACAGAAAUGGCGCUCUAUGUUCGGUAAAUGCACAGCUCCUGCAUAAUUGACGGCUUCCAAUGAGGCGUCUUAUUUAACCCGGCUCUGUGUUUGACAUGUUAGACUGAGAGUUUGACACAUGUUGCGCUAUCUCAACAUUUUAUUGACCUGCAGAGUUCCUCAUUGUGUGAGUCCACGUGGGGAUGUGAGGUUUUCUUCCGGGUUUAGGAGACAAACACAGGCACGUGCGGUUUACAUCCUUAUCUUAUCAGGGAUGUUUGUUGGCUCCGCAACAUUACUGCCGUCAAUUAACACUCAGGCACGCGACCAUACCGUCAUACAGUCUCUCCUCGAACAGCGUCUUCGCACACAUGUUCAGCACGUGGCCGGGGUCAAAUAAAGUAGCACGAACAAUUGUUGACAGUUUUUUUUUUUUUUACUGGUAAAGGUUGGACUGAAACACAAGAUUACAGGAAAGCUUUUUAAUGACCCCUGUGUCACGUGACUGGAGAAAAUCCAUAAAGGUAACUCUGAGGCUCCUGUGUUGCAUGAUAACACAAACCUGACUGUUUUGCUGUACACACAAACACAUUGUUAACAUGAACACUGGGGAGAAAAUGUACGUCUGUGGUAGAUGUCCAUGGGGAAGUUGACUGUUAAACACGAGUCUGGUUCUGCUUGUUGUUUCUGCCUGUUAAAAGAGAGUUUUUCUUGUUGCUGCUGCCUUGAUUGUAUUGAUUGAGAGAUUGACAUCCAUUUCUUUAUUAUAGAGAUAAUUCACUUAAAAACUGGACUGUAAGUAGAACAUUUCCCAGCAAUCCAUCCUACAAAUAUAAAAAAAUUCAGUUCAGACUAAAGUGUCUGUCCCUUCCUCUGUUAUGAGAAUUAAAAAUAGUAAGUACUUUGUAUUUAUUGGUACACAUGAUUUCCAUCUAUUCCUUCUCUACCCCAGUUCAGCGAUGGCAGUUAGCUGUCCAACAUGAAUCUGGUCCUGCUCAAGGUUUCUACCUGUUAAAAGGCAAGUUUGGACAAGAUGGGUCAAAUCUUUCCCAUCUCAAGGUUGGGUCUAGAAUGAGUUGGGUCUAGACCAGACCUGGGCAUUUUACAGCCGUCCGUCCAACAAAUUAUCAAGUGUGUUGCUUUUAUUUUGAAAACCUAGCCAUUGGACGCACGUGCGUACAUCCUAGAUCUGCAUUCGUGAACAGAGACAAGUUUAAACAUCGGUGAAAUAUACUGUACGUAGACGCCUUACAGUUGCCAAGUCUGCUUACUAUAAAUGACUUUGGGCUUGUUUCUCUCAGAAGUUGCUUGUAAAACUCGUGAGUCGCGAGUGUGCAUUUUGGGCUUGUUUUUAACUAGUAGCUGCUUAUUUGGGCUUGGUUUUCUGUAUUCGUGAACCCCAACCCCCAACCCUAUUUAAAGUUGAAGUUAUUGUUGAUUAGGCCCUCAUACACAGUUCAAGUUUCUCAUGUGGCCCCAUGUAAAAAUUAAUUGCCCUCUCCUGGUCUAGACUUUCUCUUUUGGAAAGUGUCUUUGGAUAAUGACUGAUUUGGCACUAUAUAAAUAAAAAGUGAUUGAAUGAUGAUUUUAAUAUGAUUUUGCAAAUUAAUUUAUGUACUUAUACAGCUUCGAAAAAAUCAAAUAACAUGCCGGGGUAUUAAAUGAGACAUGGGAAGAAUCAGAUUAUGAGGGAACGUGCAGGAUGUUGCUAUAGGAGUGGACAAAAGUUAAAAGCGUGAUUUACAGUACACCACUUAAGGAGACAAUAACUGAUUAUCUGUUAAUAUAGAGCGUAAGAAUAUAAAUAGGAAAAAAAAGAGGAAGAAAGAAAGCGGUGUGUGUGUGUGUUUGUGGAGAUCCCUUUACUUUUGAUCUUCAAACUCUGUCCCUCAGUAUUUGAUACUCUGUGAAUGCUAAAAGAGCAGAAAUUGCCUGUUUUAUUACAUCGAGUGUCGGCCUGCACUCAAAACAGAUGUUGCUCUGUAAAGUCAUUUCAAAGUGGCCUUGAGCUAUUUCUGCAAAAACCCUAAUGUAAUAAUUUUUUCUGUCUUUUCUUUUUUUUUUACGGUUGCCUCUUUUUCAACAGUUUGCCUUCCUGGAGAUUUGCUCGAACCGUGUGUGUGUGUGAGUGCAGAUUCAUUGUUGUGGAGUUGCCCACUGUAGCAUGCUGUGAGUCUGCUUCCUUCUACCUUCUUGGAAAGGAUGACUCAUGCUAACGCCUCUUUCUUUUUUUUUUUUUUUUUUGAAUAUGUAAAUGCAUGUUUGAUGGCAGCAAACAGAUGACACACCCUGGAUGGCUGGAUGAGUUUUAGGUUCAGACCUGUCUGGCCUAUUUCUGCCUUCACCAGACGCUCUUCUUCUGCUUUUCUUCACCCUCCUCCGUGUCUUAUCCCCCCCACUGCUCUGAAGUGUGAAGUUUGAGCAGCAGGCUGUGGGCUACGAUAGCGGUAAUUGGUCUAAAGAUGAAAAGUUCUCUCUCAUUUUGCGACCGGACUUAAAAACAAUUUGUUUUCAAUAACUUUCUUUAAAGCGGAGAGCAUCAAAGCAGGAUUUAACAGCAAAUAAAGGGGGUGGGAUGAUGGAGACGUUGGAGGAACUGGCACUUUCUGUCUGAUUUAAAAAGCAGCGCUCUGUCUUCGGUUCAGAGAGAGGUAGCUGAGAAUGGCUCCCCUCUUUGGUACCCCUCCGUCUGCUGGUCGAGCUUUAAACUCAGAGUUUUUUAUUAGCCUCUGUGGUCUGAUUUGUUUAAGGCGAGGCAAGGUGCCAAGACGUGGCCUGGCUCCUAUUUUUUUCCCCCCAGUGUGAGUGCUGGAGUUGUUGGAGGGGACAGGGGCUGGAGCGAAGCUAAAGCAAGGGCUGCUCCAGAGUACACACACACUCACACUUCCACACAAUGUACUUUUAUGCGUUCAUCUCUGUGCUGCUGUGUCUGCUGGCUGGCCCGCACAGUUUCCCUUAUUCACAGUCAUUACAGAAGAUGAACACAUGGAGAGAAAAGUCCUGCUGUUAAAAGACACACAGUAAGACGAAGGAGGCAAAGAGAGGGAGAAGAUUAAAGCUCGCAGAGAAACAAGUGGUGGCUGUGGCUGAAAUUCAUCUCCGUAUCAGUCCCUCAAAUAUUUCUCUAAAGGGGACAUAACAAAAGCAUGUCAGCGUCUUUUGAUAGCUGCUACUUUCUGAGGCUUUGACUGGGAUGACUUUGACUCCACUGGUCUUUCCCAGCCGUCAUAUUGGGGUUUUGAUCCCCACGUCCUGCUGCACACAAAGCUUUCUUGUGCUGAUCACCAAACCCUUUAUUUUGCCAAAUACUAGCAUGUGAAUAUGUGCAAAUAUGGUUAGAUUAGUACACAGCCUGACACUUGACAGUAGCUUCUGCAUCAGUGUGUGAACUUGGAACGUUUAAAUCUCUAAGUUUCUUUGAUUGUUAUGAGGAUUACAUACAAUAACAGCAUUUUCCUAGUUGUUUGAAUAGUUGGCUGAGUUAAAGGGAUAUUUCUGCGUCAAAUUAAGUUAAGGUCAAACACACUGUAACACUGAGUUAGACACCCCAUCGAGAGAUGAAUGGCGCCGACUGAUUUCUUCUUUGCUUAUACCAACUUUAGGAAUGACCGCAGAUAGCAAUACAGAGAUCCAUGCGCUCAACCAAAACGCCACUCUAUAGCCACAAAUAAUGCUCAGAACAGCACCUAACUUCAUCAACAGAACAUAUAGUGCCCUAGCCACAGCACUAGCCACCAAACAUCUUUUUAGCUUUGCCUGAUUUCUUUAGCAAAGAGACUAAACACAACUCACCCACUCUCUUCCAGCAGCCGCUUGUUUGUACGGAGACCUCUAGGCAAGUCCAUCGACUGCAUCGGGGGAACGCAGCUGAAGGAAGAACAUUUGCGAUCAUGAAAUGCAAUCAGACCGAGAUGCUAAGACAGAAGAACUACUGCAUCUGCAGUGCAAAAUGACUAAUAUAGUGAUUAUUACUUCAAGGAAAUGAACUAAUGAUCUUUAAUGUUCUUACUUGAGCUGUGUCCCCCCCGCUGCACAUUCAUCUCUCGACGGGGUGUCUAACUCGGUGUUACAGUGUGUUUGACCCUAACUUAAUUUUGCACUGGAAUAUCCCUUUAAAUAGUUUGAAACUAUAUUAAAAACUUUAAACAUAUGGAUCGAACUGCUGCUCAUCUCAUGACAAGGCUGUAGUCUCACACAUUUCGUAAUGUUUUUCUCUGGCCUGGCUGUGUUUAUGUGCGGUGCGUGUCUAGCCUAUCUUGUAUGCAAAUUAGGGUGUGCCAUUGCAUGCUCCCGAUUGGCUGCUCCGGCUCCAUUCUCGUAGUACUUUUUUCUCGCUUUUAGCUUGGUGAAGUUUUUGUGUCGUGAUAUUUCUUAACUGGCAGUUUUUUUCUUGGUGCGUGGGGAGGUACUAGUGUAGAGGAUUUAAUAAUGUAUACAGAUUUACUACUGUGUUACUUCACCUAAACCAGAUGCAUCAAAGCCUAGAUGUGAGUUUUUGACACAAAAUAAACUGCUGGAUGUUUGCUCAGCUUCAUACGAGUGCUGAUUUGGUGUCUCGUCCGCUUUUGAAUCCCUCCACCAAAUGCGAACUAAAGCAGUGUGACACGUUAGAUACAUAAAAAAAAAGGACAGAGGAGGAGACACAACCUCAACUAAUGUAAUGAGGCGCUGACUCAGACUCUGUUUUUGGUGGCUCUGACUCAGACUUGGACCUUGGGGUCUCCAGACUCGACUCAGACAGAAGUUUUGGACGCAGAGAAAAACUCAGCUUUCAUCUGUUUCAUGUUCGAUCAAUGGGUUUCUAAACAUUAAAUAAAAUAAAAAGACUUCACAGAAUAAACAUAUAAAUCUGCAGAGCUCCAUGAAGUCAGCUGAGCACAUGCUUGCAGUUAUUGGUCAAUACAGAAACUUUAUUACCAAAGUUAACAGCCGAACCAUCAACCCUGACAUCCAUUAGGGUACAUUAGGUGGUUACUCCUUCAGUAUCAUGUUACUUUUGAAGAUAAAGAAAUCCUCAAACUCGCAACAAACCGACCACCAUGUUAAUUAAGCUCCUCCCACAUUCUCGUUAAGUUGUACAGCUUUGAAACGCAGAUUUAUCACAGAGUCAAGUCUCUGUUUAUUUAAGCUUCUUUGUUCUUACGAUGAUAAACUGAGUCAUUCAGGUCCGUGAAGUUAAUGGCUUCUGUAAGAGCAUCCACUGUAAAACAUGAACUCUGCCUGCAUCUUUAUUGCGGUCCUUUUACUGCGUUAUUUUAACAAGAGCGAGAGACACUGUUGGAUAAGAUAUUUAUUGUGCUGCUCAAGCACACAAACAUUCAUACAGCGAAAGGUCGAGAGCUUGUUUAGAUGCUGGUGAGGAGUAAUUGAACAGCGCAACUAGAUAAACAGACACAUGUAGAGAAAAAAAAGAGAGUGGACUGUAAAAAGGCCUCCGCGAACACUUCUCCAUAGACUAAACCUCUGCAUCUGAAGCCCAUUCACACUGCUUUCACAUUCAAGGCUUUUCAUGAGUAUGAGCAACACCACAUGCUCCUAACUACCAUUUUAUUUGCUCUACUUUCAUUGGCUGUGUCACACUGAGUACAGAAAAUAAGCAGCCGUCUUCUGCUCCUACACCAGGAACUCUUUUUUUUUUUUUCAUAUUUAGCCUCAAAACUUCUGCACGAAAAAAUGGAGUCCGCUUCUUUUUUUGUUACAAGCGAGCAGUAAAUUCUUCUUGCUUAAGCAGCCGCUCUCCGGCUCUAUUUUUCUCCCCUUUCAAUUAAUAGGAAACACAUCGGUUGAAGGAGGGUCUUUGUUGGUGUGUGAGAGUCCAUACAUCACCUAAACUAGAGCACCCUCCUGCCUUCUGCCUCCGCCUCCUCCCCUCCAACACACACACACACAUAAACACACAUAUGCACACAUACACACCGACAGCCCCCAUCUGCUCCCAAUCAUGGGUGCAGCCAGCGGUCAGGUCGCUGGCGGUGAAUGGCGCACAGGCACGCACUCACACAAGCUCACACAUAAACAUACACAACAUAGGCAAGCCUGGCAUGAGUUUGGCCAAGCACACACGCGCACACACGUGCACUAACUUCAGCUGAACUCCGGUGGUGAAAGCGCACCCUUGCACCUCUUCUUGAUAAAAAUGAAAGUAACAUUCUGUCUCUCUACACACACAAAUACACACAUACGUGCACACAAAUGGAGGCACAGUGACAGAUGAACAUGAGACAUCCUGGCGGCGUGCUCCACUGAUGACAGGGUGUCAUGGAAACGCCCGGUGUUCUCCAUGGUUACGCACUCUCUACCCCCACGGGAUACUCUUCUAUGAUUGUUCAGACAGAACACUCGAGCUACUACAACAAGUCUGUGUGGCCAAAACACACACGGAAAACACACACUCACACACAUUGUUUCUUAUCAGGAUCUAAAUGGACAUAAAUUAGCCUAUUAUGUGCUUUCGGGAUUAGAGUGGCGAUUUAGCCUAAUAGUCUGUUUUUGUGCUCGGAUUCCACAUGGCCGGGAAGAUGUUUCCCAAUAAUAGCUUGACGUUUAAAUCCACUCUUAUGGAAUCAGGUGCAGGUUCAGCUGAAGAGUCUUUUUCCUUUUAUAGUUAAAGUGAUCACACACGCUGGCGUCACUUUCAGGUUUCGACCGUUUGGCUUCCUGUAAAACUUGUGUCUCAACAUCCUUUUUCUCACAUGUGUGUGUGUACGUGUAUGUGUGUGGUUGUGGGAGUGGUCUCAGAAAAUAGAAAUAUGUAAAGGACACAGGCUGAUAAGAGUUCUUUGCUUUUUCCCUAAUUUUUCCCAUUUUCUUCCAUUUAAUUUUCCCAAAUUAAUUUCCCCGUUUUUAUUUUUUCCCUAACUUCAUUAGUUUUUUUUUCUCUUUUCUCUCAUUUCUUUUCCCCAAGUUUGCUUUUUCAAUUUUUUUUACCUCAUUCCAAAUUUUUUUCUUGGUCCCUGGUUUCAUAUUUUAUUUUAUUUUUUAUUUUUAGUUAUUUUUUUUGUUAAUUUUAGUCAUUAUUUUUUUUUCUAUUUUUCCUUUUAAGUGUCCUUUCUUUGCCUAAAUUUUCUUUCAUUUAAGCGAAAAUAAAAUAUGAAAAAAAGAAAAUUAAAGCACAAACUGAUGCCCGGUUUUCCUCACUUCUUCUCCUCCUCAUUAAGUGCUCAAUGCAGCUUCUUGUGCAUGUGUCUGCAGGCCGCUGAUUAAUAAUGCUGCAUGUUGUUCAUUAAUAAAACAAUAAUGAACAUGAGCACGAGUGUUCAACUCCCUCUUUUCCUUUUUUUUCCCCCAGACUCCAUUGACCAUCGCGCAUACAGCCACACCCCCAGAGUGAGAGGGAAGGGGGGGAUCUGAUCGCCCAUCAUCUCAGCACCGUCACAAGGUGGGCUAACAUCCCAUAUGGUUGGCAUGGCAACGGCCUGCUGGGUUUAGGUUGAGCGCUUUUUUUUUUUUUUUGCGAGAGACAGUUUCUUGUUGUUGCCACAUUCUUGCAACAUCCUCGUCCUGACCUGAGCGCAGAGAACAGCAUGUGUUUUCUGAAGCAAAUCCUUUAUGGAGGUGUUUGAGGUUUGGAUUGUCGAAGGUGGAAUAGUUUACAAAGAGAGGUUUUAGCGGAGGAAACAAAAGAGGAAAACAAAAAGAGAGGGUUGAGCUGUUGAUUUUCAGGCAGAUGAGGAAAUGAAGAGUGCAAAGACAGCAGGAGACAGGAGGAGAAAUCAAAUUAUUCUUUGUGCUCUACCUGCCACAGAGGCUGAAGGAGAGCAUUAAUCUUUUACUCCUGUCUGCAGGUGACAAUAACACAAAUGCACAUGCCUCGGCACAUACACAGACCCAGACUGACUUGGCUGAACCACACUUUCUUUUUCUUUAAAUGCUGUCCCACACAUUUCUGCAGUCACACUUUGUUGUGGCACUGAUAGCAGCAGCGAUUGUGUGCAGAGUAAAGCUGGGAGGAGAUGGGAAAGAGGGAAAGUCCACCGUAGGCGGGGAUAUACUGGAUACAAACAGUUGAGGUGCGUAGAUUCAAAGAACUUCCUGUUUGUGUUGCGGUCUUUGUCGACUCUUCAGGAGUUCCACAAGAACCAACUGUUGACAGAAACAGCUUUUUAUUAUUGUAUAUUGUGGGAAGAUUAAAAUAUCAUCAGGGAAAAGUAAUGAACUAGGAAUUUACUGAGAGGAAAGUACCCCAAAAGUCUCUGGACUCUCAUAUAAAGUUGGGUAUCGUUUGAUUUUGAACGAUUCCAAGUCCGAGUUUCAAUUCCGGUUCCUAAUGAUUCUCUAUUCUGAUUCCUUGAAAAGUCAGGAUAUAAAAAAAAUGCAUGGUUUAAAUGAGGGUGCUAACCGGAGUUCUGCUUUUUGGAUGAAAUUUCUGAACUUCUCCAUGAAUUUUUAAAUUAUAUUAACUUUUUAAGAACUUCUCACAGGGCUAUUUUCAACCAGUGUAUAAAUAUUAUUUUUUUGUUGUCAGGUCGUUUGUCUAUGAAAAAGUACAAAGGCAAAACAUUUGUUGGACAUUUAAGUUGACCCACAGUACAAUUUCUUUGCCGCUUCAAUGUUAGCAGAAGACAGAAGUAAUUUAUUGUUUCACUCAUCUGAUUCUGGCUAGUUAGCGGAAGACUGGCAAAGCGCGUCACAGACGAGCACUCAGGUAUUUCUCCUCCAUGAAUCCUGAGGUGUUUGAUCAUGUUGGUCGUUCAUCCUCCUUUGCAUGAUAUAACUGUGUUGCUAAUGUUGCACUGAGAUAAGAGUUCAUUCUUCCUGCUAAUGUUAGCCAAACUUUUGACCGCAGCCGCUGUGAGUUGCAAAGCACUCUCUCCCUCUGUCUCUCUUCUCUCUCUGUGUGGCUUUGUCUCAUACACUUCGCCUUUGUUGGUGUUCGGCGGCUUCUUCUUCGUUAGUGUUUAGUGGCGUCUUCCUCGUUAGUGUUCAGCGGCUUCUUCUUCCGGUCGGUGGACUCAGGCAUCGAAACUUGGAAUCGAAAUUCUAAAUUUUUAACGGUUCCGGGAGAAUCGGAAUGUAAGGCUACGUUCAUUCUGCAGGUUAUGAUGCACAAUUCGGAUUUUUUGUUAAAUCCGAUCUUUUUGUGCGGUCGAUCACAUUACAAUAACAAAUGCUGCAUCUAAUGUGAACGGAAUGCGUCCGUGAAGUGACCUUUCCGCACCUGUUGGUUUUGUCGAACAAUGGUGACGUUUGUCGCAUAUUGAUGAUGUAUAGGUCAGAUGAACGUGACCUGAGUGUCCACACUGCAGUCACAUCGGAUACAUAUCUGAUUUAUAUCCACAUACAAAAGAAGUCUGGGUCGGAUUUGAAAAAAUCAGAAUUGCACUGUUCACACUUACAUGAAAAAAUCAGAUAUGUGUCACAUAUGGUUAAAAAAUCAGAAUUGACCUGCAGUGUGAACAUAGCCUUAGUCCCAGUCCCCAUCAAUGCUCGAGACUUGAUACCCUACUCUACUCUCAUAUCUGGACUCUAGUUUCUUACUAAACCACUGUACAGCGAAUACUCCCAACCAAACAGCUUCUUAUUUCUCUGGUGUGAGAUCACAAAGCCAGAGCAGGACCGUGUGCCUCUGUUUUGUCAACAGAGAUUAUGAAAGUGUGGUUGACUGUAGAGUUAUUUUCACCACCCAGCCCAAAGUGCCUGUCCUGCUCACUCUGUCACCUUCCCUCCCUCGACUUCCCAAUACCCAACAUCCGGUCCACACCAGCCUGACUUCAUGGCUCUACCCUCCAGAGUAGGAAAAGACCAGAAACAGUCGCCUUUCAAAAACUUUCUUAUUACCUCGGAGCUGUCCUGCGCACAUAAAAUUAUAAUACUUUGAAUUUGACCCAGAAUGAAGCCGACUUCAACUGAAAUGACACAGAUUUCGGCUCAGGCCAACACCGAAUUUAGUUCUUUCUAAUUUUUCCUGUACACUCAUCGUCUGCCCUCAGUGACUUUCCAACACCUUCAUGUUGGGUUGUUUUUUCCUCUGCUGUGACUCACUCUGUCGUGGGAAGUCUGGCAACUCUGCACUUUGUUUUCUGUCUACCACAACCUAUUUUUUUAAACAUUCAUGUCAAAUCUGCUGUUCAACAACUUUAAAAGAUAAAUGUUUUAAAACUUAUAUUUAAAGAUGAAUUGGUGAAUUUGGAGUUAUUGUAGACAUACCUUUAAUUACCUGCUAAAACGUCUCUUUUCUCUCACAUGAAACUAGAUCUGCUCGGGUGAUCAGUUUCAUAGAAAUUAAGUUAUUUUUAGAGGGUUAAUCUGCAGGCUUCACAAGCUUUUUCAAACAUCACAACAAGUGGACUUAUAUUAGCUUUCAAAACAUUUUCAGGUGGUGUAGAAAAAAAAGAACUGAAACAGAAACUGUGGGGGCUGAAAUGUCACAAAAAUCCCAUUUACACGAAACAAACCGCACAUAUAGAAUAUCGCAAAUAAAGAGCCGCACCGUUCUCACCCUGUUUGCAACUUAAUGUGCUUGCACAAACUUGAUAAAAUACGUCCAGUUUUACGCUCGAACAAAAAGAAAUUAAACUUAUCAAAAUUUCCAGCAGCACUGCGGCUCCUGUGUUCUGUGAUCUCUGCAGGAAGUUGUCUCUUUCUCUCAACAGUCACCUUGACAAAAACUCUUCAAAAGAUGAGGCCAGAGAUGACACAUUAUAUUUUUUUAUUUUUGUCCGACAAGGGAUUUAGAGAUACUUUGAUAGUUUUGUUUUCAGGGUUUGACGGAAGGUCAGGAGUUGAGAGAAAACAUAAAGGGUUCAUCCUCUGGGUACCGUGCAAAUCAGCAAAGCUCUGGCUUUUUGCAGCAGCUUUGCAUACAUUUGUGAGUUUGUACCCGAAGUUGUUUCAUAAUAAACCUAACUAAAAUAGUAUAACAUCCAAACUAACCAAAACUGAAAGGCCCAAAAGCUGAAAAAAAGCCCCUGUUAACUCAUUAAUUGACAAGCAGCGACAUAAAGGUAUGCAAAGUCAGAUAAAGCAUUAUUAUAAAGUCAUUACUAAUCUUCUGCUUGUGCAAGAUUACAGUGAAUUCAGGCAGUAAAAAAAGCGAUACUACAUUCUGGUGCUGAUUGAUGUAAUCUGCUGUUGCUGACUCAAAACAGUCGGGUAACCCCCUUCUUCUCCUCAUCCACCAAAUUAUCUGAUUUUUCAAAAGCACGUGUUAAAGGUUUCUCAUGUGAGUUUUACUGUAACAGAUGAUUUUUUUUGGCUCAGCGCCUCUCAAUCUGAAAAAUAUAGUUGAAAAGUUUAGCAAGUUUGGGACCCGAGGCGUUCAUUUUUCCUUCCCGAAUUUUCUUUUUAAUACAGAACCAAAAACACAUUUAAAAACAUAUAAAAUGUUACUUUGUGCAAGAAUGUCUGUAUUAGAAUGUCCAUUGUAAGAGUGUCCAUGUUUCUCUAGUAAAACCCACUUCAUUGUAGUGUUGUAGACGACUUCUUUCAGUCUCGUCAAAUCAGACAAAGCACGUGAAUCAAUACAAAUCAACAGGAUGCCAGAAAACAGUAAACCUGUACUUUAAACCUUUAUAAGACUGCAUUUAUCAAACUGUAAGACAUCUUCCAUAGGCAGCCUUUCUUAUCCUAAACAACAGUUGAGUUUUAACCCACAAGGAACCGGAACAAUUCUUUCCACUUCCACAAAAUAUCUCAAUAACUUUACUUCUGAAACGUAUAAAAACAUAUUUUUUCACACCAAAACAAGUAAUACUUAUUUAUAUGUCAAGUGUUUAGGGUUCUCGCUUGAAAUAUAAUAUUUGGAGAUGCACAUCUUAAUGCUAACAGUGAUGCCAACAGUCCCAGGGGAUGUUAGUGUCAUUAGGUAUACAGGUUGUAGAAUGAUCACUUCCUGCGCUGAGCGGCAGCGCUAAUUUUAGCUCUCGUCCGAAAGACACGCUAAAGUCCGUCAACAACACACUUCAAACUUGCGCUAUUUUUAAUUUAACAUUGUUUAAAUGUAAGGGUAUAAUUUUGUGGAUUUCACAGCGUACAAACCUGAAAAAAACAGUUUAAAAAUUCAGCAAGAUGGAGACCCGAGACAUUCAUUUUUCUUUCCUGACUUUCCUCUGAGGAGGGGUGGUCCCUCCAGAAAGUCGUCCAGGCACAACACACCCCGGCUCAUUAAUUCUCCUCUCCAUUCUCUUCAUUCCGUCAGUAGAGUUUAAACUCUGUUUUGAAUCAGAAAUUAAGUCCCAGCUUGGUUACAUUUGAGCUUAUGCGUAGGUGGUUAAACUCAGUUUUGGAUCUUCAUUGUUGUGGACUCAGGUGUUGAUUACCUCACAUCUGUGUGACUUUCCUGUUGCAUGUGAACUUAACUGGCAUUGGAUUUCACGCUCUCUGGUUCACGAGUUGAACCAUUUCCUCCAGUUUUGCCAUAAAGCCAUAAGACCUGCGCCUCCUGGUGAGCGGUGCUCCCUGUGGGCUUCAGGUUUUGGGGUCACAGGCAGGCCGCUGUCCUGUAGCGGCUUCACCCCUGGAGAUGUUGACCUGAGUGAUCCUCAUUUCACGCCCUUCUAAUGACCCUGAAAAUAUGUGGGUCAACUGUCAGCGUGAAGGCGGUGACCCCUUUGAAAUCAGCCCGGUCAAGAUCAGGGUUGAGGAGCGGGUCAAACUGAGAGUAAAAGUUCAGCUUACCUGCGUGUGUUCACUCACCUGAGGACGAGCAGGAGAAGAGAAGGCUUGUGACAGCUCAGUCAUGUGGGAGGGGAAUUUUGUCCUGGUCUGAAGUUGUCUCCCGAGCCGAGUCACAAGCAGCUUCUGCUCAGAAACCGCUCUGAUUAACAGCCUCCUACUAUCCUCUCUGAUCCUGAUUAAUGUCUCUGAGUCAUCGUCAACCAUAUGAUUUAGUCUCUAGACUUUAAUGAACUAGCAGAAACUGAAUAGCCCGUGGUAAAUGUUUGUUUCUGUUUAACUCAUAACUGCUGCGUGAAGACGGAUGCCUUCCUUUUACAGAUUAUUUCGUUUUACUUCUAAUCAUGCUGGAUGUAACGGAAACAGAGUCGCCUUGAUAAGUGUAUUAAAUUAUUAGAUGGUUUCUUAUUGAGAGAAAACACUUUCUAAUCUUCUCUCGUAUUCAAUAAUUUUGUGUUUGAUGUGAUAGCUUCAAGUCAGUUGAGGAACAUUGUCGUCAUAUUAUAUACUUAACAAAUCAUGAAAAUUGGAGUAAUCCAUAAUAGAUUUGUCAAUUUUAUUGAGUGAAAAAGGGAGAGGCUGUACUCUUUAUUACAAUAUGAUCUGAUAGGACAUGGUAAGAUACUAUUCAAUACAAUGCAACACAUGAUAAAUGGCCCAUAAUAACCAUAAUAUCAUGAUACUAUUAUUCUGUAAUCAUUAAUACUGUAAGUUAGAGUUAAGGAUAUCAGUUAAAGUUUAUUUUUAUUUUUCGGCGGUAUUACAUCCAGUGGGAUAUUAAAUUUAAAAAAGGUUAAAGGGUUCAAGCAUGUAAAUAUAUUGGCUAUAUAAAAAAACAGCCUGUGAUGCAUGUAUUAUAGACUAUAUACUCAUGCUAGUACCUGAGACCAGAAAAAUAUGACUUUAUGAACUACAUUAAUUUUAUUAUUUAGUUUUUAGUUCCUGACUACAUCUCUGAUCCAAAUUCUAGUUUGUGCCGUUAUGGUACGUGACUGCGUUAGAAUAAGGUAUUAAUUGACAAAUCACUUAAGAGACUUUUAUUGUGAAAAGUUUGUCAGAAAUGACGUAUUUAUCAUCAAAUUAACUAAGAUUUUGCAAAGUUAGUAUUCAGAAAUCAUGCUCAGAAGUCACAUUUGCCCGCUUCUUUUCAUCUGUUUGGACCUGGGACAACUCGAGCCAUCAGUUGAAAAUCACUUUAAAGCAGGUAGUCUUGUUUUAAUGGAGAGACAAACCCCAGCAAGUGUGUUGAUUACCAAUUUAUAACUUUGAGUGAGAAGAAGACCAAGUUUACCUGAAUGCUGCUUCUGAUGAUGUGCACCCGACACGAGAAGGAAUUUAUAAAUUAUCAUGUCCAUGUACCAAACAGGCGAAGGUAUUGGUACUAGAGAAAACUGACAUUGUAGUAGUCAAAAUAUUAUGACCGCUGAACUGAACAUCAUGUUUUGUUAUAUUAGUGCGGUACUUAUUAGUGGGUGAUUCAUAUUGGGAAACCGAACAAAUGAGCAUUUUGUCUUUAGAAAUGAUAUGUCUAAAUCCCCCACCACCACCCUCUUAAAAAAAAGAAAUAUAUCUACUGAAAUGUGGCGUUGAUGUCACAUUAGAUGUAUAGAUAUGUAUAUGUAGCUCUGAUUAAACUUCACAUCAAUCAUCAUUUACUUUUGAUUCUACACCCACUACUCCACAUUUUCUACCUUUCACUCUUCCUCCCCCUAACAACCAUCUAUGUGCCCAUCUCUCCCCUACUGUAGUUGCCCUCCUUACCGCCAUCACCUUCUCCCAUUUCCCUCUUUACGCGUCUCAUUCCUGCCGCCCCCCGCUGAUGCAUUGUACCCAGCCCAGCCCUGCUGCCUCUCUGCCACCAGGCCUCACUGCCUGUGGCGUGUAAUUGACUUUCUCCCUGCGCUGGAAAAGCGGGCGGCCCGCGCCAGGCUGGAGGUGACCCAUUUCCCUGGGGCAUUCAGCAGCCUCCUAAUCAACCAUUCUCUGGGGCCACCUCAUUCACUCUGCAAUUAGAGCAGCUCCCCCUUUGAGAACUCCAUCAAUAGGCUGGCAGGCAGGCGGGCGGUGGAGCAAAGACAGAGUUUCGCUCAAACACUUUGCUUUGGCUCUUUGAGUUCUGAUCCCUCCAACUUUGUGCCUCCGCCUCUCUGCUAUUUUGCCUCUUCGACUCCCUCGUGGUGGGUUUCAUCAGACAACAGCGAGCGGGGGUUUUGUCUAACUAUGAGCAGGAGACAGGCAGACAGGGGAGUAGAGAAGCAGGUAGGGAAGCAGACAAAGGCAGCGAGACAGACAGACAGUGGGAUGGGAGGUACUCAUGGGAGAGAUUAAAAGAGAAAUCAGAAAGACACUCAGAGCAGGGGGGGAUUGAGAAAGAGGAUCGGCGCGUCUUCAGAGCAUCUCUUGCUUUUUAGAAGAUGAUUUAUGAGUAUUCCCUCUUGUUUUCUUGCAAGGGAAUUCGCUUGUGUUUCACCUGGUGUUGAAGGCGUGCAUGAAAGCUGCCAUCAUAUUGAUUCUGUCUCAAUCAGAAAGUGUGUUUGCAGCUUGUUUCAGCCGGAUAUGAUCUUGUUGUGUAGCCGAGAGCGUACGACUGAAGAUUAGAGCGCUCUCUUUCCAAGAAAAAAAAAAAAACUCCAAAUGCAAUCAGACAUUUCCGUGGACAGCUCUGAUCCCACAAGAAGGAGCCUGAGAUGAUGCUGCGUGGUGAUUAAAUAACAGGCCGGCAUCUCUCCCCUGCCGUUGGCCUGAUUUGCGAUGCAGGAGAGGCAGCGCUCUGGUCAGAGGAUAACCAUGUAAUCAAUGGAAUGAAAAAGCUGCUCUGGCUGUGAAGGUUAAGAGGGGUACUGGAGGCUUUCAGCCCACUCUGUGUGCCACACAUGCAUUCGCAACACACAGCAGACAGUCUGAAUCUUCCAUCUCCUCCUCCUCCUCUCACCUGUUCCCCUCUCCUCCUGUCUCUGACAUGCCUUUAUCUCUCUUUCUUUCCGCUCUCUCUCCCUCUGCCUCUGCCUCUUUUUCGCUCUGAUUCCCCUCUCUUCGUGUUUUUUCCUCCUCUGCGUUUUCUCCAUCUCCGGCUAUAUUUGUCCUCUCUCUCUUUCUUUUACUCUCCUCUCUCCCUCCAUCCUCUCCUCCCUCCUUUUUCCUCCUACCUUUCCCCAGUGUCAGCCGCUGUCACUGUGGCAAAGAAAGUGACCAAUCAGAGCUCACUUCACAGCACCGGCUUCUCCCUCCCUCGUUUCUUCGCUUCCUUCCCUCCUCUUCUUCUUCCUCCUCCACCUCCUCCUCGCCUCUUUUCGUCCCAUCUGCCUCUCUCUCUCUUUCUCUGUCUCUCUCUCUCUCCCACAACCUUUAUCAGCUCACUUCCUGGAGACGAAAUGUGAAGCAUUAUGGGAGACAGACGGCUGUCUAACGGGGUUAGUCGUGCAGCGUGGCUUAUCAUCAGAGACACUGCUAAUCCUGUGUGUGUGCAUGUGUGUGUGAGAGUGUGUGAAUGUAGCAUAUGAGCUGGUGAACUCAUACAUGCACAGGCCCACACAAACAAACACAACCUCACAUGCUUACUCUCUUUUUCUGAUGAGGAGGAGGAGGAGAAGAAGGAGGCAGAUGAGACAUGUUUAUGUUCGUCAGUUUCUGCCUGGAGAAUACAAUUUGCAUGAUAUAAGCAUUUUUCACCCUUCUGUGUGUGUGUGUGUGUGCGCACCACUUUUCCAACCUGCCUCUUAAUUGUUAGUUUUUGCUGAGUUCAAAAACACAAUUCCCACGCCUAUCCCCUCUGCGUUCACCUCUAUAUUGAGAGCUAAAUGAGACAUUAUAACCCCUCUUUAAGUGUUAUUUACACCUUUUAUAUAAGCGUGUUUGUGUGCUCCUUCCCCUCAGGUGCUGAUAUGUGUUCACGAUGAGCGGAUUGGGGGAGAACUCCAUGGAGCCUCUGAGCUCAGAAAACCGGAAACGCAAGCUCUCCACUUGUGACACGCCUGGUCUGGGGUGAGUGUGUCUGAUCAGCACAAAAAAUGGGGAAAGUGGGCUACUGGGUCAGCGGUCUUCUAAGCCUGGCCGGCCAGUGUGGCUGCCUUGAAAGCUCUGACGUAGAUGUUCGAAGAUUUGUGCCAGAAUAUAAUAAGAUUUUAAACUAACUUAAAAACGCUUUUUUUGACUGAAUUUAACAAGUUUUGAAAAAUAGAUGUCCUUAAAUUUUUAGCUCUAUCACUGCUCCCUUAAGCAGGUAAUAAUAUACAAUUAAAGUCACACAGACAUGGCUGCUUCUGGGUCCAUGUAUUAUCCGAUCAUUUGAUUAUUCAAUUCAAUCUAGUAAAUGAAAAACGAAAAAAACGAGUCAAUAUUUUGUUUGUUUUUCUGUAUAACCAAAAAAAAUAGUGUUUGAUUUCGUAUUUUCAGCUCAAAACAGAAUAUAAAAUAGAGAAGGAAAUGAAAUAAUAGAGAAAAAAUUGAAUGAACGGAUUACACACAGACCCUUCUGGAGUCUCCUUUUGUUUAUUAUUGGCCUCAUAAGUUCAAGUAUUUACUGAUGCUGACCAAUCCAAAAAGCAAUGAAGCGGUCCAACCAGUCGAUCUCCAGUAUGUUGGGUCUUUGCUCAACUCUCCUCUAGCUGGGCUGUAGCUCCAGUUUACACCCAGACUUAAACCAGCGCAGAAAGACAGAUGAUAUCUCAUCACAAAAUGUGGUUCUGCAGUAUUUUGAUCUUGAUAAAAGGAAAUAAAAAUGUAGAAAUAUAGUUUUUUUACACUGGCAUAAAACAACAGGAAUAAUGUGUAAGCAGCACUUGCAUGUGGACGUAAUCCUGCAUGAAGAAGGCUGGUGGUGCUAACUCUGCUAAUGUUAGCUACACUUGUCCUGCUAAUUCAACAUUUUUGUCAGCAGACUCUGGGAUCCUGUCUCUCCUCUCCAUUUUCCUACAUUUAGUGUAAUCGCUCAGGCAGAAUUUAGAUCCAGAAAACUGCCAUGCAAUAUACAGUAAGAGCACUUUCCAAUCCAAUCCAAGUUUAUUCAUAAAGCACAUUUAAAAACAACAAAAUGCUGACCAAAGUGCUGCACAGUAAAAAUUAAAAAACAAUAAAAACAGACAGUUUACACAAGCACUAAAACAAAGACACAGGACCACAUUGAAAACAGGGGGACAUAGAUGGUUCAGUAAAAACACGAUUAAAAGGCUAAGUUCUCAAGAGUUAAAAGCCAAAGAGUAAAAGUGCGUUUUCAGAUUUGAUUUAAAAACAGGCAGUAGGGGGACAGUUGGACAUGAAGAGGAAGAGCAUUCCAGAGCUAAGUCCGGUCACCCCUGAACUUAAAUCUUGACUUAGGGACAGUCAGAAGGCACUGGUCAGAGGAGAUAAGAGAUAAGAGAGAUAAGAAGGAGCAAGCCCAUUUCAAAAUUUAUUAGUUUAUAACAAAAUUUUAGCCAGUGAAGAGUUGCUAAAAUGCAGGAGAAGCUACUAUCACAUCUGUAAACCUAAUACAGAGCAACAGGUAGGGUUCCCAUUAGCUUAGCAUAGCACAACUACUCUAAACUGGGGGUUUGUAGAAUGAUUGUCACAGACCAGAAGAUAUUGCUAGGUGAACUUAUACUCCUUCUACGUCUUACUUGGUUCAUCUAACGAGCAUUUUACAUAACGAUGGAUUAAAAUAAAAUCCAUUUUUGUUAGUAUGAGAAGGAAAGAGACAGUGAUGGACAGAUUAUAAUCACUGGAUUUAUUCUGGCUCCAUAGAUAUUUUAAAAAGUCUGCCAACAAGUGUCUUAAAAGUUUUAGGUUGUUUCAAAAGUCGUUGGUUAUUUCAAAAACCUGUGCAAAAAUAGGAGAAGAACAACGCUUUGUCUUUUUCAGUGAGUCGUCAUCACUUUGAGUUUGUCAGGGAACCUUCAAAAAGGGAGACACUGCACUGACUCCAGUUGUAGUCCACCGCAAAUAACAAACCUUUCUUCAGGCUAGCUGUGUACUCUUUGGUGAAGGCUCUCAGUCAUCUGUGGUGAUUCAAAGCUUGACCUGAAAAAGCCGUUGGACAUGAUUGAAGCUUUUCAAAAUGUUGGACGUCUGUUUAUAAAGGCUUUCUCAGCUGGUUUGUGGGCGGAGCUUGCUAUCAGACACACGUCAAAGUGAAGUAACAACAUACAAAAUAGAAAAAAUGAAUUUACUUUAACUCAGUUUUGUACGUGAAGAAAAUUACAGUUUCAUUUGCUUAAUUUAUUUUUCUCCUUAUUGCUCUCUGCAGGUGUGAGAGGAAGCGACGGGAGCAGGAGAGCAAAUACAUCGAGGAGCUGGCCGAGCUGAUCUCAGCCAACCUCAGUGACAUCGACAGCUUCAACGUCAAACCAGACAAAUGUGCCAUCCUCAAAGAGACCGUGCGCCAGAUCCGCCAGAUCAAAGAGCAGGGUGAGUGGACACGGUCAUCCGAGAUCCUACAGGUUUGCGGAGAGCAGAAAGUCAGGUGGACUGUUGAGAAAUGUGCGCAGGAAACAUUGAGGAAGGUGUUGAGGAGAUAGAGAGGAGGAGGAGGAGGAGGAGACAGCUGUGGUUUCGUCGACACACACGUAUAACCGCACACACGUGCCUUCUCAGAGCCCAGGUGCAAGGACGAAUCAGUCAUUCAUCUCCCACAAAUUUCACAGCCUCGACUGUUUAUGUUUGGGAGGAAACAUUGGCAGUGCUUUGUGAACCUGUCAUCUGUGUGUCUGUGUGUGUGUUUGGGUGUUUAUUUGUGUGUGUGUGUGUGUGGGUUUGUGUGUAAUGGGCAUGCACAGCUGUGUGCUGGCCUCGCCAGAGGCUGUUUAAUUGGACGUUUGCAGGUAAUCACAUGCCCAUCCAUUCUGCUGAACUGCCAAAUUAUUAGUUCUGUUACAGCUGCUGUUGUCACAUUUCUGUCUCUGUUACGCGGCAAUCCAUUUCUUCUGCGAGCGUUUUAGGAGCCGUCAGUGCAGCACGGACAUGUAUUAACUCAGUGUCGCUAUAGAUUUUUCCAUUUGAGUCCUGAAUUUCUCGAGAUCAAGGGGGAGAGAGCCGGAGCCGAGUUUUGUGCUGUGCUCGCCUCAGUCAGCGUCUGCCACCUCGACAGGAAGGGGAAGAGGCUACAGCUGGCCCUGACUGGCUGCUGACAGGUUGCCAUAGUUACAGGAAGUGAAGACAGAAAUGACACAGGCGUUUAGGCUCGCAUCUCGCUUUCUACCUGUUCCUCCUCUCCUCUUCUCACUUUCAGUUGCUCUUUCUGCCACUCUUUAUUCUUUGCUCUUUUCUUCUGAUUUCACUCUCACUUGGAUUUAUUUUACUCUCUCACAUCUCUCUCCUCCUCUACACUUCUUUUUAUUUUUUUUGCUUUUUCUCCCACUCUCAUCUGUAUUGCUGUACAGUGAGCAGCUGCAUCUUUAGGUUUGCUCCUAAGGUAUUGAGUGAUUGCACGUCUAGUUCUCUGGUUCUCUUUCCCUUUGCUUUUUUGUCUCUGUCAUUCUCUACCUAACUUCAGAGUGCCGGCUGUGGGCAGCGAUGUCUUUUUUUUUCUUUUUUCUUUGUGUGGGUAUCUCUUCCCCCUGGGAGCUAAUCAGAUAGAAUGAUUCCUGUAGCCGAGCAGCCUCCGCCUCUUGCAGACCAAACCCUGCAUUAAUACAACAACCAAAAAGCCAGCCGUUUUCUGUCUCCAUCUGCAUCCCUCACAAAUCCUCUCCGCCUCCCCCUCUCUCCCUCUCCCUCCCUCUCUCUCUUUCUCUCUCUCUCUCUCUGUCUGUCCAUCUUUCUCCCCCUCCCUACAUUAAUUCAGGUGCUCCCGCUCCUGCCCCUGCAACAUUACAGUUUCCAGAGCCUCUCUAGCUCUCUUCCCGCGCUCUCUCUUUCGCUCUCUCUCUCUCUCUCUUUUUCUCUCCCUCGGCCGCAGCCUACCAGACAGUCCCUCAGAGUCUGACACUGAAUAUAAAGCAUGAGGACGGCUGCUACCUGCUCCACAUGCACCCAGCCCUCUACUUCUCCUGAUGGGCUCCUCAGAGAAACCUGCCUCCGUCCGUCUCCCUCCUCACCUGUAGUUUUAAAUCCCCAGAAAAAGAGACAGAAAAAAGAGAAAAGUUAAGCUUGAGAAACGCUGCCCCCUGCUGGUGCAGCCUGCGAAGUAAAAAAAAAACCUUGCUGUUUCCUCUUGAUUCAGGUAUCGUUUCUCUCACCUUGUGGUUCUCCUUUGCUUCUUUUUGAGCGGCUGAGCUUGAAACGGCUGUUAGUGGUCUUUUGUAACGCUCUCUUCUUUUUUCUUUUUUCCUCCUCUGCAGGAAAAGCCUCAUCCAACGAUGACGACGUGCAGAAGUCAGACGUGUCCUCGACAGGUCAGGGGGUCAUUGACAAGGACCACCUCGGGCCGCUUUUGCUGCAGGUGAGUUCAUCCCUCAAACCCCCCUGGCAGUAUUUGUCCUAUAAAUUCAUAAAACUGACUCGCUCACUCGCUCUUGCUGUAACUUUUUUUUAUUUUUCCUCCCAGGCUCUUGACGGCUUUCUGUUUGUGGUGAACCGCGAGGGCAGCAUUGUGUUCGUGUCGGACAAUGUGACGCAGUAUCUGCAGUAUAAACAGGAGGAGCUCAUCAACACCAGUGUGUACAAUAUACUCCAUGAGGACGACAGAGAGGAGUUCCACAAGAACCUGCCCAAGACCAACAGUGAGAGACACACACACACACACACACACACACACACACACUCACACACAAAAUCACAAUCUCACAUCUGCACAUCAGCUCAGAAGCAAACCCUGCUCGACAUCUUUCAGAAGGCCGAGGUGUAAAGCGAAACUUUGAGAGGUUAUGACAACUUUGCACACGCAUUUGCACAUGCACACAAACUCACUUGUUUAUUUAUUCAUGCUCCUCCUCGUGCUUAACUUUUCUGCCAUUGUAAUGAGGAGCUCCUGGGAGCCCUGCUAGUGUGCAUGAGAGAGUUUGGAGAUACACACACACACACACCUGACAAAACACACAUGUGCGCAGGAGCACCCACCCACCCACUCAGUGCUAAGCAGGCAGAGCGUAGCACAGCUGUCAGUCACACUCAGUGGUCCAGACAGUGUAAAACAGGCCUGAGCUCUUUUCAGAUCCCAUGGCAGCCAUCUGGAAACUACUCACUGCUGAAUAAUGCACUUCCAAUCUUUCCUCUGCUUAAUUCAGCCAGUUUGCAUGAGCACAUAUGUGUCUGAUUGUGUAUAUUUGCAUGCAUAUGUCAGUCGUAGGAUUGCAUUUUUCCAAAGGUGUUUCCUGUGUGUGUGUGUGUGUGUAAAGCCCAUGAGUAAGUGUACGGAGCACUAUUUAUAAACCUGAUUAAUUAUGGAUAUGUUUGCUCGACUGAACCUGCGACUCGAUUAACUCCCCGCUAAUGUUCCUGAGCAGCGUGUGCUCUGACAUGUCAUCGACACGUUCUCUCACUUAUUCCUCCCCGCCCCUCCGCACGCUCCUUUUUUCACUCACUCUUUGAAAUCUUUUGAAAACUCAUCUUUAUCUGCUUUCCCUCCCUUCCCUCUCUCUCUCGACUCACUCUCUCUCUCCCGGCUUCAUUCAUACUUAAUACGGCUGCCGACUAAGAUGAAUAUUGUGGCUGUCUGUUGCUUCUCGCCGCCGCUGCUGCUCUCCCACCCUUCAUUGUGUCUCGCUCUGCUGCUCUGCCCCCUUCAUUAUCCUCCGGGCCCAUGAAUGAAAUGCGCUCUCGCUGCACAUUCCUGUGGGAUGACCGCUGACCACGCCGGCUACUGUUAAAUACACACACUCGCAAAAGAAGACACUCUAACUAAAGCGGACACACAUUCAUGCACAAAACAUGAAGACGGCUUUUGUUGUAGGGCAGCGGGUGUUUUUUGACCUCUCCCACUUGCCCCUUGCUGUUGGUUAAUUGUGUCUGAGGGGAGAUGUUGGGCCCUGCAACUCUGCUGCGUUUUUGUUGAGAUGAGAAACCUAAGGCCUUGUUAAAGCACCUCUAACUACUAUUAUAUGACACACACACACACAUGCACACACUCCAUCACCGGGUCUCACUCUCCUGGGUCCCCCCCCUGUUUCCUCCCUGCACCUGCCAGACGGAAACCCCCAGCCAGCACAAGGCCCUGAUAAGGCUUCACACAGACCUUGGAGAACAGUUGGAUUUCUCUCUGAAGUUUGCCUCCCCCCUUUCCUCUCUAUCUCUCUCCCCCUCUAACCCCCCGUGAAGGUGACCCCGUUGAAAUGAGUGUGUGUGUGUGCUGAGAUGAGGAGUCAGGGCCCAAAUGAGGAUAGAUGGCUGAGUGUCCCUGGCCUCUGCCCGCUGCAGAGCAGACUGAGGGAGAGAUAUUGGAAAUCGACACCUUGGCUACAUUAAUCCCAUGGUCCAUUUAGUCAGAGAUCCGAACAGCAGGAGAGGCUUCUGCUCUUCCAUUUAGGAGCAAAAAUACAUGUUGCACUGUGGUUUGUUUGUUUUGUUUGUGUGCCUAUCCUCAGCAGGAAGGGGUGUGAGCGUUGCUGUGUUGUUUCAUUACAGGCGACCCAUUCAAAGCUAUAUUUGUUGCUCAUCCUGUGUUACUUAAGAGUGUCAUUUUGCGUUUUUUUUUUUUUAGUAAAUGGAGUCUCAUGGGGAAGCGAAGCCGCCCGACAGAAGAGUCACACCUUCACUUGCCGGAUGCUGGUUAAGUUUGGCCACGCCCACGGCCCCAUGGAGGAGGGGCCAGGAGGGCCGCGCUAUGAGACCAUGCAGUGUUUUGCUCUCACUCAGCCCAAGGCCAUGAUUGAGGAGGGGGAAGGUAAUGUGGUUAAGUCGCAAAUUCGACCACAUAAAUUCAUGUCCGUGAUUUAAAAUAAACUGUUUUUAUUGUGAAAAUAUCUCAUGACCCCUGCCGCUCAAAUUUGGGUUUCAUUCUCUGACUUGGACCUUCAGUGAGAGUCACUUCUUUUCAUAACAAAUAUUUUAAAUAUAGUGUUAUCUUUCACACUCAUCUGAUGGAGGAGAUUUAUAUUCAAAAUCAAUCCAAUCCAAUCCGCUUUAUUUGGAUAGACCAGUGGUUCUCAAGUCCAGUCCUCAAGGCCUACUGUCCUGUAUGUUCUGGGUGUUUCCCUGCUCCAACACACCUGAUUCAAAUGAUUAGCUCGUUAUUAAGCCAUUACAGAGCUUGAUAACGAGCUGAUCAUUUGAAUCAGGUGUGUUAGAGCAAAAACAUGCAGGACAGUGGGCCUCGAGGACUGGACUUGAGAACCACUGGUAUAGCACAUUUUAAAAAACAGUCUACCAAAGUGCUGCACAAUAAAAUUAAAAUAACAGAAAAUGCCGAAAACAUCAAAAUUAAAUAAAUAAAGCAGGUAAAAAGCAUUUAAAAUGAAAUAAAAUAAAUGAAAUAAAAACACAAAAAGAUAAAAGAAAUAAAGGUGAUAAAAGGACCAUAAAAGACAUAAAAGGACAGAGAUCACACAACUCUAAUGCUAAGCUAAAAGCCAAGGGAUAAAAAUAAGUUUUAAGGCGUGAUUUAAAAGUACAAAGAGUAGGGGAUGUUUCAAUCUCGAGUGGCAAUUCGUUCCACAGCUGAGAAAGCUUGGUCGCCACAGGUUUAAGUUUUUGGUACCGCAAGUUGGAGCUGAUCAGCAGACUGCAAGGAACGUAGGCUUAUAAACAUUUAAGAGGUUGGUAAUGUACUUUUGGUGCUGAUCUAUUUAAACAUUUAAAAAAAAUAACAAUAAUAACAUUUUAAAAUGAAUUUUAAAAUGAACGGGAAGCUAAUGUAGGGACGGAAAUAAAAGCAUGAAUGGCUCGCUCAAAAUCCUUAAAAGAUAAAACCGAUUUAAUCUUGGAUAAAAGCCUCAGAUGAUAAAAACUGGAUUUAACAACAGAGUUGAUUUGUUAAUCCAAUUUAAAAUCAUUGUCAACCUUUACACCAAGAUUUACAACUGUGGGUUUAAAAUGUGGUACAAGAGGGUCCAGCUCUUGUAAAUCAGGCUUGAAUUUGGGCCAUCAGAGCUAAUUUCAAGAGUGGCAUGGACAUUUAUAAUCUAAAAACUCACUAAAUAGUAAAAAUAUUUACACAGAUUCUCAGUCUUCCACAAGGCUGAAGAGUUACUAUCCAUAAAGUCAGUAAUUUAUAUCAAGGUAAUUACCUUUUAAAGGAAAAAUAAAUCAGAUACAAGUUCUGAUGCCAAGCAGAAUAUAUUAUGUGUCGAGGGAAUUUUCAGCAGAAUUUAAAAAUCUUAUUUUCAAAGCACUAAUGAGUGGUUCUUCUUGUUAGUCUCUCGGUUAAAGUAAAGAAACUUAUUUUAUUUCGUGCUUAUUUACUCUUCAGAAACACUAGAUGUAACCUUGAAUCUUAUUACUGGAUAUGGGGAUAAAGAGGAGAAAUGAUAUUUUUAGAGCUAUUGGAGCAAAACUUUUUCUGAGGUUUUCUUGUGGACACACUCCUGACACCUCAGACUUCAGGAGUCCAAUACCUUUUGUCUGUCUCAUUAAAGGUCCUUAAGAGCCCGAUGGAUUGUUAGGGAGACAUCUUUAAAGCUCCCAUGAGGAGUUUUUACCUGGUUAUGACACACACUGAAAAUGACAGUGAUACUUCUUUACAACCUACGAGAGAGAGAGUACUUUUCAAAGCCUGCUGCUGCAAGAGGGGAAGAGUCAGAUUUACAGCGUGUAAAGAGAAACACAACAGGUCCAGAUCCCUUUGUACACAGGGGCUGCCGCAGUGACACAAACAAAACGCUUUAGGAGCUUUAAUUAAGGAGGUUAAAAUCCCCCAAAAAAUCAACAUAAAGUGUAAAUGUGACCAUAAAGCCUUAUUCCUGUCUCCCUCAGAUCUUCAGUCAUGUAUGAUCUGUGUGGCUCGCCGGGUCACAGCCAUGGAGAGGACGGAGAGUUUCAACACCAGGCAUGAGCUCUCAGGUGAGAGGCUGCACUUCAGACUCAAACAGGCCAUGGCGUAUUUUUCUAUAAAACCAUCUAAAGACGUGACUGUCUCAUCUCUAACAAUGUCCCCUUGUUUCCCCUCUCUUCCACUUGCCCUCCUUCUGUCCUCCACGGCAGGAAAACUGAUCCAGAUCGACCAGAACUCUCUGCGAGCAUCGAUGCGUCCAGGCUGGGAGGAUUUGUUGAGGCGAUGCAUUCAAAUGUUUAUUCAGCACAGUGAUGGGCAGCCGUGGUCACAUAAACGCCACUAUCAUGAGGGUGGGUCACACAUCAAGACAUACAGCAUCUAUUAUCUGCUGAAAUCCUUCAAAUUAAGCAGAUCUAUUAGUUUAAGCUCUAUUAAAUCCACAAUGGAAUCAUUAGGGUGUUGUAUUUAAUAAACUGUUUUAUCAGUUGUGUAUCAUUUCCCUCUAUCACAAUGUUAUUGAUUAAACACUUACAGUACUAUGUGGCUGAUUUGUUUUGUUUAUUUAGUUGUUGCCGCUUUUGUCUCAGUCAGGAAGGAAUUCAGCCUCUGAAAAAGUGUGAAUUCACUGUGACAAAGAUCUCAUGCAUUAGUGUAUCAAUAUUGAUUUCAUAAACACAAAGUCUGAAAGCUCCCACACUGAUCCUCGGUGUGAUCACAGGGUUGGUUUUGACAUUAGGCUGCGAUUAAGAAGCCUUUGUUAUCAGAGAAGUGUUGCAGGAUGUUAAUUUGUCGUUUAAUCUGUCUGUGCAGCCUUUCUGCAGGGUCACGCCGAGACACCUUUGUACCGCUUCUCUUUGUCCGACGGCACUCCAGUCACAGCGCAGACCAAGAGCAAACUGUACCGGCACCCUAUGAGCAACGAGCCACAAGGAUUCAUCUCCACUCACCUAUUACAGAGGUCAGUAGUUGAAAGCGCACACACUCCAUUCAGACAAAGAAGUGAAUGUUUUGUGAACAAAAAAAGCACUUCCAGCAUAUCUGUGUGAGGCAGUCAAGGUAUUCAGCGGCUGAAGUGGCAGCUGAAGUAGCUUUUAUACGCCGACAUCCUGUGAAGAGAUAGAAAAAUCCACAUAGGAAAAAAUAUUUUAGUUGAAUAAUGGGGCACAGAAUAUUAGCGGUUCCAGAGAGAAUUCCUGUUUGAGAGCUUAUGAUAAAUUAGGAAAUAAAUCAGUACCAUACGAAUCCACCAAUACACUGCAUAGAGGAUAUAUCACAGAAAGAUACAGUAUGUUACAUUAUGAUAGGAUGCGAUACAUUAUGGAAAAGAUAAUGUAAUCUGAUAGGAUACAAUGCACUAUGUUUAGAUAUAAUAUAAUAUUAUCCAUUAUGAUUUGAUAUGAUACAUCAACUCUUGACACAUCUAGUGUCCUAAAAGGGUCCUAAAGGGGUACAUUCGUAAUCUAAGUUUAAAGGGAUAUUCCGGCGUAAAAUUAGUUUCGGGUCAAACACACCGUAACACCGAGUUAGACACCUCCUCGAAAGAUGAAUGUUGCUGACCGCUUGCUUAUCUAGUUAUACGAUAGCAAUUCACAUUGGACUCAAGAGCCACACACAAACCUCAACCAAAAAGCCUCUUUAGCCACAAAUAAUGCUCAGAACAGCACCUAACUUCAUCAACAGUACAUAUAGGGUCCCAGUCAUAGUACUAGCCACCAAACAUCUUUUUAACUUUGCCUGAUUUCUUUUGCAAAGAGACUAAACACAACUCACCUACUCUCUUCCAGCAGCCGCUUGUUUGUAGCGAGACCUCGACCAGUCCAUCAUUGACAGAGGCAGGGGGGGCACAGCUCAAGGAAGAACAUUUAUGAUCAUUUCUACAUAGAAAUGCAAUCAGACUGAGACGCUAAGGCAGAAGAACUACCGCAUCUGCAGUGAAAAACGAUUGAUAUGGUGAUUAUUACUUCAAGGAAAUGAUGAAGUAAUGAUCAUAAAUGUUCUUCCUUGAGCUGCGCCUCCCCGCCUCAAUCGAUGAUGGACUGGUUGAGGUCUCGCUAGGCCUCAAGGCGUUUUGGUUGAGGUUUGUGUGUGGCUCCUGCGACCGCUGUGUAUUGCUAUCGUGCGUUCGUUUCUACAGUUGGUGUAACUAGAGAAGCAAGCGGUCAGCAACAUUCAUCUCUCGACGGGUUGUCUAACUCUGUGCUAUAGUGUGUUUGACCCUAAAUUAAUUUUACACCGGAAUAUCCCUUCAAGCAGUGUGGCACAUAGCAAUCAUAACCACCAACUACACAUAUUGCACAUGAUAAAUAACUGACAAGAGAUAAAGAUAAUUGGGUAUUUUAAGGAUGCAUGUCUAAAAUCUUGUGCUCAUGUUUUCCUUCCUUUCCACACAGGGAACCCAAUGGUUAUCGCUCGUCUCAGGGUGGGGGCAUGAUGCCAAAUGCGAUGAGACAACAGGCCAUGGGAGGCCCAAACCCAAAUGCCCAAAUGAACAUGAACAGUGGUGGGGGGAUGGGUAUGGGGGGCAUGGGUGGCAUGAACAGGGGCUUCGGUAUGAACGAGCAGGGCCACAUGGGUCACAUGGGUCCGAUGGGGGGCGGCUCUAUGUACGGAGGAAAUGGUGGAGGAGGAAGUGGGGGGAUGGGCAACCGCAUGAUGCAGAUGAAUCAAAUGGGGCAGAUGAGUCAGGUGGGGCACAUGAAUCAGAUGAAUCAGAUGGGUCCCAUGAAUCACCCGGGACAAGGCAUGCAGCAGCACCCACAGCAGCCCCCAUUCCAGAGCAGUGGAGGUUUUGGGUUGAGUGGCAUGAACAGUCCUUCAGGAAGCCCCAGAAUGGGCGGCCCACAGCAGGGACUCCUGAUGUCACCACGGAACCGGGGCAGCCCGAAGAUGGGGGCCAACCAGUUCUCACCUGGAGGUACAGGUAGAACAUUGUUGUCAUUUAGUAUCUCCUGAUUUACUUGCAUGUUUGACUUGACUGAGUUGAUUUUUGUAUCUCCAGGCAUACACUCUCCAAUGAGCGGCAUUGUAAGCGGUGGAGGAAGUGGAGGGAGCACCACCAGCUUCUCCAGCAGCUCUCUAAAUGCCCUACAAGCAAUCAGUGAAGGAGUAGGCAGCUCCCUCCCCUCAACUCUCACUUCUCCCUCACCGGCUCUGAAACCUGACAGCUCUCCCAGCGUCCACUCCUCCUCCUCCUCUCAGCCCAAUCAGCCGGCCAAACCAGGCCAAGAUGGCUCCAAAAGCCCAGCAGGAAGUUUGGUACCUGGGCCUGGGGACCAUCAUCACCCUUUGCACCAUCACCACCAUCAUCAGCAGCAUCCUCAGGCUGAGAGUUCUGGAGAUCGUCCAGACAGCCAGGCAGCUACGACAGCUAAAGAUGGAGAGGGGGGUAAUGAGGCGGGAGCUGCAAGUUCUGAGCCCCCUCGAAGGGUCCCGGACAGUAAAGGGCAUAAGAAGCUGCUGCAGUUGCUGACUUCCCCAACCGAGGAACUGGGGAUAGGCGGCAGUGGGCCGACAGGGCCUCCUGUUCCAGCCCCACCAGCCAGCAGCAGUACCACUGCAGGCUCAGACAGCAAGGACUCAACCGGAGGCAUGACUAGCCCCUCUUCUACUGGGGUCUCCUCCUCUUCUUCAGCCAGUGCCAAUCCAAGUCAGGCAGCUGGGCCAGGGGGUGUGUCAACAUCACUUUCAUCAGCUCACUACUCUGGCUCGCUGCAAGAAAAGCACAAGAUCCUCCACAAGCUUCUUCAAAAUGGCAACACCCCGGACGAAGUGGCGAAAAUCACAGCGGAGGCCACAGGGAAGGUGUCACUGGGGAGCCAGGAGGGUGGGGAGGUUGGACCAGGAGGAUCAGGAAUUAGUGGAGGACCGGGGAUUAUCACAGAGCCCAAACAGGAGCAGCAUAGCCCCAAGAAAGAGAAGACCCACGCCCUCCUCCACUACCUCCUCAAUAAGGAUGAUUCCAAAGAGCCAGUGGAUGUCAAGCCUAAACUAGAAGAGCUAGAAGGGAAGGGUGCCCCGGGGGCUGCUGGCGGCCCUACACGGGGUGGUCCUGGAUCUGGGGCUGGCCCUGCACCUGAACAUCCUGAAAGCAAGAUCAAGUCAGAGCCACCUGAUGAUGUAAGAUUAAUCUUUGUUAAGACAUAAACAGAUAAAUGUACUCAUAUUAUUGACAUUUAAGUGGGCAGGCUGAAUCUAUCCAAGCAGAAAGGUUUACUCAGGGACCUGAAAAUGUGAAUCUUUACUGACACUUGUUUAUUUUAAUUUUAAGUUACACAAUCUGGAGUCCAUCCUUGGAGAUUUAAGAGGUUCGAACUCUGACUUUUACCCGGAUCAAGCUGGAGGGGCGAGCGAUGCAGGAAACAAACCACAGGGUUGCCUUGAUGACAGCCUGCAGGGUAUGUGGGUCGAUACCUCAUAUGUGAUGAUAUAAUAGAGCUGCACUACAUAGUAAAGUUACAUUCAGAUGGUAUUAAAAACAAAACAAGAGAGGUGUAUGACCAUGGAGUUUUUAUUUUUCAUGUACAGGAAGUCCAGGAAUGGGGCCAGGUCCACGAGGGCCCUUCCAGAGGGCCAUGUCCAUAGAUGGGAAGCCUCCUGGUGGGCCUGGAGGGGCAGGUAGACGCCCCAUGCUCAUCAAGCAGGAGAACAUUAUGGGCAGUCCAGACAGCUACCCAGGAAACAUGGGUAUGUGUUUUUUCCUCAUCUCUUUCCAGCUCCCUCUUUCUCUCACAGCUUUGUGACUGUGUUUGAAUUUGUUUUAUCACGAUAUCAGAUAACCUCUAAACUUCAAACACUGACACAUGCACAUCUGGUGUUUAUCUAUUACCAGGACCAAUGAACAGAGGCAUGUUUCCCCAGAGGUCUCCCACAGGGGGGUCAGGGGACUGGGGCAUGACUCGCUCAAGUACCAGCCCUGUGGGCUCAGCAGGACACCCCUCCAUGAUGCGCCCAGGCAUGGAGUACAACAACAAGGGCAUGAUGUCAGGGCCUAUGGUCAGCCGCUCCAACAGUGUACCCGGCACAAGGUCUAUGUUGCAGCAGCAGCUCAUGGAAAUGGGUAUGUCCGUUUUACCGUUACAGCUAAAACAAAACACAGAGGACAACAAGGGUUUGAUUUUAUGACCAUGAUAGGAACUCAAGCAAGAAAAAUGCUCAGCUAAUGAACACACAUGGAGAAUGCUAACACAGCUGAUGUUAACAAAUAGUAUGACUAAGAAGUUGACUAACUCAGUUAACAUGUUUUGACACUGACGUUUGAUAAAGACAAAGGAAAAGUACAGCCAAGAUUGACAGCGUCAUCGGUAUUGUAGGACUUUUUGGAUCGUAUACUACACUGAGAAACACUCAAAUUGAGCCCUGGUUGUACUCUUUGAUUUUAAAAAAAUUCUUGUAUCGUUUUAUUUCUUGGCUGGCCGUUUUUUUGUUGAUGUGUAGCACAUAGCUGUCAAGUAUCCUGUUUUGGUGGAAAACUACCAUGUUUUACCCCUCUUUCCCACUGUCUUCUGGAAUCAAUAUUGACCCGUAAAUCUCAUAAGAUAUGUAGAAUAAAAAAGGUUAUUCUGCAUCUCCAAACUGAACUUUGUCACUAGCGUGGGUUAAGUACCCACCAACCAGUAGAAGUGAGUUGUCAUUAGCUUAACAGGUAUGGUGUAGCGUUAAAAUAACAUGGAGUUUUCCAAAGACCAGCCCUUCUUGGGAGAAAAUUAACAAAUAUACAAAAGCUGAUUUGUUUAUCGUUGCUAUGUUUUAUGAUGUCCUUGUUGCCUACAACAUGGCUAUCAUAACUUGUGUAUGUUUGGGGAGGUACUUGUGUAGCCAAACCUAAAUUAUCUGCCUAGAAAAUAUCUGAUGAUUUUUGGGGUCUGAUUCUCCAGACACUUUUAUGUAAUAUAAUUAAAAGUGUGUUGUGUUUAUAUUAUAGGAGGCUCUGCUGACAUGGGCAUGGGUAUGAGCCCCUUCAGCCAGCAAGGCCAGUCCAACCAGUCCCCAUCCUGGCCUGACUCUAUCAUGGGAAUGGAGGGUAACAGGUCGGUGCAUCAUUCUUUAGUGGUCACUGUGAGUUUGAGAUUCAGCUAAUAGAUACAAAUGAUGAGCUUAUGUGUUCUUGUAGACGCCAGUUUGGGAACACCUUAGAUGAUCUCCUGGUGCCUCCCACCACCAGUGAAGGACAGAGCGAUGAGCGGGCGCUCCUCGACCAGCUGGACUCUCUGCUGAAUAAUACAGACGGCAUCGCUCUGGAGGAGAUAGAUCGAGCCCUGGGCAUCCCAGACCUUGUCAGCCAGGUAAAAUAUCAGAAAAGAGACAUAAAGUUACAGGUGAAAGACAACAUGAUCAGCUUUCAUAUCAUGACUCAUAAAUGAGUCUUGCAUUCAUCUUUGAAUUGGGUAUUUCAGUCAUGACUCACCGUGUUCAGGCUGUUCUUUUCUAAAGGAGGAUAGAUGAGCCUGGAGGGAUCUGUCUGUGCUGCUGAAAAAGACAAUUACAGAGUCAACCAAUUGGAAAUUAAUCAAUUAGAUGGAGCUGUUUGACAAGCUUCCCUUUGUCCUCUUGUCCUGUCUGCUCCAGAACCAGGGGGCUGAGCAGCAGUUGGAGCCUUUUCCAGGGCAGGACCCAUCCAUGGUUCUGGACCAAAAGCCUGUGUACGGACAGGGCUAUCCUGGACCCCCCUCUAUGCCUAUGCAGUCUGGUUAUGGAGGGAAUCCCAUGCAGGGACAGGCCCAGCAAGGGGGCUUUGGACCCAUGCUCUCUCAAAUGGGCCAAGGUGGCAGUUUCCCUGGUAUGGGUGGUAUGGGGGGUAUGGGGCACCCCCGUGCUAACAUGAUGAGACCCAGGAUGAUGACGGCCAACAAGCCCAUGAGGCUCCAGCUGCAACAGAGGCUGCAGGGACAGCAGGUAGGACCAGAACCUCGCUUGUUCAUUAGUUUUGUUCAUUAGUUUUAAUGUGAACUUGUAACUCAUGAUGUCCUGAUAUGACAGUCUAAUAUAACGUGGUAGUUAUCCAGGGACAAAUCAAUAGAAGAAGAAAGGGACAAAAAUAUUUUCGAAAUGGAUUUCUGAGAACUUAAUUACAUGUUUUUCUCCUACUUUCAUUUUCGUCUACUUUUAAGAUCAUGAAAUGUAUCUAAGUGAUGUCCAACGCAUUCAUUUCCCCUACUUCUAAAGUUUUGCAGUCCAUAAGAUUGAUUUCUUGUUGUCUGAAUGCUUAAAAAAGUGCACCAUCUCUGUCACUACACUGAAGUGACUGGACUAUUUGCUUCUCCGUCUUAUGGUGGAUGUUCUUUUGCCCUUCCUCAGUUCAUGAAUCAAACGCGACAGGGCAUGGGCAUGAAGAUGGAGAACCCGGGAGGAAACCCUGGCAUGAGGCCUGGCAUGCAGCCUGGCAUGGGAGGACAGGUAGAUGAAGGGAAAUGUCAUGGAUUAAAAAUUUACAAUGAGACCUGAUGUCACAGCUGUUGUUCUAAUACUGAAACUGAACUGAGUUAUUGACGGAUUCUUUUAAGCUUUAAGGGUACUCAACUCAGCUUUAUUUAUAGAGCACUUUAAAUACAACCAAAGCUGACACAAAGUGCCGUACAUAAUAGCAUAAAAACAUAAAACAACAUAAAAUAGUUGUUUAGAAAUAUAAUAAAAAGCAAUAAAACAAAUGUCGUCUCAUUCUGGGUCAAAAACCAAGGAAUAAAAGUGGAUACAAAAAACACAUUUCUGCCCUCUUUAAGCUGUCUUAUUGUUUUCUUGGAUCAGGGCUUCCUGAAUGCUCAGAUGAUGGCUCAGCGCAGCAGAGAGAUGGUCAACAUGCAGAUGAGGAGGCAGCGCAUGAUGAUGCUGAUGCAGCAACAGCAGCAGCAGCAGGCAGCAGCGGCCGCCGCUGCAGCCGCAGGCGGGUUCAGCCCCCCUCCGAACGUCACAGCUCCUGGUGGCAUGGACAACCCCAUGGGAGGGCCGAACAUGGGCCAGCCAGGCCCCCAGCAGUUUGGCUAUGGAGGGAACUAUGGUGGGUUCACUGAGCCAAUAGAAUAAUGCUGCUCCCUGGUGUUGAGUUUGAGCACUGCAGGAGUUUUAUUGAAGAUUUGUCUCAUUGAAAAAGAAAAACUGCAGAUUUUUGCCAAAAAGAACUUAGAAGGUCGUGCUUUGGUCCGUUUUUACAGUCAGGUUAUGUAAUUAUUAUUAUGAAGCAGUUUCCUGUGGCUGUCUCUGAGGCUCACUGUUUGUUCACAGGAAUGGGCCAGCAGGGAGACCCCUCCUUUGGCCCCUCAGGUGGCAGUCCUCCUAAUGCCAUGAUGGCUGGUCGCCUGGGCCCUCAAAACCCCAUGAUGCAACAGCACCCACAAGGCGGCCCCAUGUACCAGGGCGCAGAAAUGAAAGGCUGGUCACAGGGAGGCAUGGCACGUAGCAGGUAUGAAAUCAUAUAUUCGAUCAUACUGGUGUGUUUUUUAAGUGUGGCUUCAGUUCUUUAGAGUUAACACUUUUCUCCUUCCUGUUAACAGUUCGUACCCUCAGCAGCAGUUCGGCCAGCAGGGACCCCCAGGGCAGCAGCAGUUUGGGCAGCAGGGGAAUCCGGGCCAGUAUGGGGGCAUGAUGAUGAACGGGGGCAUGGCGCCCAGUGGGGGAGGAGGUCACAUGGGGCAGAUGGGAGGGCAGAUGGGAAUGAACCCAAUGGUGAUGGGACGCAUGCCUAUAGGACCUGAUCAGGUGAGUUCAGUGGGUCUAAAUCGGUAAAGGGCUUUAACACACUAACAGGGUUAUUACUCGCUGUAAAUUGUUAGAGAUGGAGAACAGAAUGAGGUAGUUUCAGUCCAAUUAACAGCCUUUUUAGUUAAAAUUUCCAAUUUAAAAUUCCAUCUGUUUACUGGAUCCCAACAGGGAGCAGGCUGAGUGAAAACAUUCUAACACCGGCAGCAAGUAACUCUAACAUCAACUUGAGUUUGAAAAGUAAAGUUAUGAAAACAAGAAACUAAAAUUUGUACGCCAAACAGACAUAAAUGACGUGUUUUCAUCGUGUGCAUAGAAAAUUAAGGUCACACUUUAUUUGACGCCUGUCUCUAUAACCCAUUAUAAAUAUAUGUAUAAUGCAUUAUAAUCACAUUACAGCACUAUAUAACUAUAGUUAUAAACACUCAUAAUGAUCAUAAUGCUUUACAGCAGUAAUCAUAAUACAUUAUAGAGCAUUUUAUCAUGACUUACAAGGUCAGGUAUUAUAAUGUGUUUUAACUGUUAACAACUUACUGACAAUGCCCACAUAGAUAAUGCAAUGCAACUGCUGUUAAAAUUAUAAAUGUAUUUAUCAUGCAUUGUAGAGAGAGGCGUCAAGUAAAGUGUUACCAAAAUUAACUUUCUAGUAUUAGUACUACAUUAUUUUUUUUUUAAUUAAUUUAUCCAUUUAGUUUAUACGAUAGGGACAAUGCAAAUCCUGAAGAGAUUAUAGUUCAUUCUGGUUCACAAUGGGCUCUAUGCACCGAUCCACUACUUCUUAAACUUAAGGCAGCUCCUUUAUCUUUUGUCUUACAUUAUUGGACAAACUGAUUAACCCAGGUGUGGCUAACUAGUCUCAAUGAUCAGUCACACCUGGGUUAAUCAACUUGUACAAACUGAUUAACCCAGGUGUGUCUAAUUAGUCGUGAUCAGUCACACCUGGACUAAUCAGUUUGUACAAACUGAUUAGUCCAGGUGUGUCUGACUAGUUGCAAUGACCAGUUUCGCGUUUGUUUCCCAAACUAAGCUUAUGGUGAAUUUAAAAAAAAGGAAUAUAUCAAGUUUAAGUCUUUUCUAUCUAAUUCUGAUAGAUGUUGUUCACUGUACGCUUUCAUGCCUCACCAUCUUGUUAUUUUCUCCUCUUUAUUGUAGAAAUACUGCUGAGCAUGGUGGCAGCAGCAUUUGUCUCACUGUGAUCUCCAUCCAGAGAGAGGACACAGCUGCAUCUCUGGAGCGUGAGGAGAAGGACCAGACAGCGCGUGUUUGAGUGUGUGUUUGAGUGUGUGCCUGUGUGUGUAGUGCUGCACUCCCACCAGACGAGGGAGUGAGCUUCCUUUAGACUCCCAGCUGGUGAUGACAGUCUGGUAACCUGAGGACAAAAAAACAGUCUCAAUCAUUGAUGAAGAAACACAACAUUUAUUAGAAUCAGGAACACUGUGACACAGUUUCACACUUCAAAACAGAAACAUUUACAGCUCUGUGAUUCCUCUGUAGACUGUAGUUUUGAUGUUCCUCUCUUUUGUGUGUUGUGUGUGCUUCAGUAAAGACACACACACUCACACACCACUCGUUGGACCAAACCUGGGUGAUGAACAUGUUGAGACAUCCUCUCUGUGUUGUCGAAUGUACCACGGAGCAGUGUUUGGACUUAAAACGUGGGAUUCCUCUUUUUUGCUUCUGAACGUCGCCUCUUUGCUGCUCCUGAACGAUCUCUUUACGUAUGCGUUGAGUAAACCAGAUGACUCCAGAUGACAAGCCGCCAGAUUGUGACACUGACAUGAUUGUCAUUCAGCAGUAGCACAUUGUUUUGUCCUCCUGGACACCACCGAGCUAAAGUACGACUGAAUUACUCGUUGGCUGGUUGCACUUUAAGGAAAGGCCAACAACAAAAGGAUUGUGGCAAUAUAGAGGCCUUUUACCCAAGAGUUAAUGUAAAGCAGCAGACAUUUACUGUUUAUUUUUGUGUGUUUGUUCUCCAACUUUUCCUCUGUAAUGAUGACGGGCUAAUGAUUGGAAGUGGGUAACUUUAAUGAUCUUUGUCCUAAAGUGAAAACCAGUAGAAAGGCAGGAAGCACAGUUUGUAACAACAAGAGGAAUCAGCCUUUUAUUGAAAUAACAGACUUCCGCUGAUGUUCAAAACCACGCUGAUAUUUGUAAAGAGUGAUGGAGCAAUGAGGUAACUCUUGAAUCCCACUGUUGCAUUAAUUCUAAUUACCUCAAUCUAAUUUCUAGUUUUACAAAUACAGGCAGUGUAAACAUGGACAUGGGCAUUUUGAAGCUCAACCUAAACAAAUAAGCAUAAAGGGGGAGUUGGGACCGUAGCUUUUGUAACAGUGAAACAGCUACAACACACCCAUCUGUCAAUCAAAUGAGUCACUCCCCUACUUAUGCCUCACUUAAAUCAUUCACAGACUUAAUAUAUACAAAAAGAAGAGUUUUAAGAGUCCCCAUUUGGAAUAAAAAUCAUUUUUAGUAUGCAUUUGUGAAAAUAACUAGGAUUUCUUGACUUUCAGAGCCACCCUCAAGUGGUCACCUGAGGAACUGCAGUUUUUUUGCAUUGGCUUCAAUUUCUUACACCAGACGUUGCCUCUUGCUUUCUCCAAAUGCAAAAACAGAUUGAUUGUCAACAUAAGGUCCUGCUGUAGGAUUUGAAAGUGUGUGUUAGAUUUCAGUGUGCAGAUUUCAGCAAUAACCUUCCUCCUGGUUUUCCUCUGAGGACAAAGCUCAUUUUCUCAAAGUGACGGCACUGCAGUAUUAAGACAUGAUGUCUUGUUUGGAGCUUUUUUUCUUUUACCUGUGAAUAUGAAUUGUAAAUAAGCUUCAAAAUGUACUAUAUAUAAAUAUAUAUAUGCUUUUGUAGGUCACAUACUGUUUUUGCACAGAUUGUAAGGCUUGAUAUUUAAAAGUUUCUUAACCCGUCAUAGGUCAGCUUUUAUUUUUAAACAUUAGUUGAAAAAGGAAGGGCCUCCUUUUUGUAAGCAGUUCAUGUAGAUUAUCUUUCAUACUGUCACUUUCUGUCUCUCAGAAAGCCUUUUUCUGAGGGUAUGGUCUUAGCUGGAGAGGUGCUAGUGUGUAAUUUUUGAUUUAAAUAAAUUAUUUUUCUUUUAACAGAAAAAGAAAACACAAAGUUUGCCUAUACAAAAAGAGUUGACACAUGAUUGUGUUAGGCUGUGUCGGAGGCCCAGCUGUCUUACCAGUAAUGUGGUGUUGAUGUUUCUCUUUCAACUGAACCCUACUCUUUCUCAUUUCAGUUUCAUUCCUCAGAUCUCUGUGCUUUGGAUUUUGCUGAUUUGAUUGUUCAGACUCAGAAGUCCCUCUGUACAACUUUCAGCUCUUUAGGUUUGUCUGCAGAUGUUAUCCUAACAAAAAAACUACAUGUUGACUUCUUUGAGUACCUGAUUUAAUGUCGACCUCCUAACAGAGGACUUUGUUUUUUGUCAUUUGAGUCUGCCUUUAUUUUUUUGUUGGAUUUCCUGUAAAGCUUUUUGUUGAAGAAUCUACCUUCGAACACAUGCUCAAUCCAAAGAUUUUCGUUUGCCAUUCUGCAGUGCUUAGAGACAGUUCCUGACGUAGAUCGUGCAAGUUCUCGUGUGCUUUAACUGUUGCACAUAAUCUAUGAUAUUCAUUGAACUAAAUAUGUUUAAAUGCAUAUAUUAUACCCCCAUGAUCCUUAUGACAUAGAGUAGACAUGAGUCUGGUUCUGCUGAGGUGGUUUGAGUCCUUCGUUUGUGAUUGUUUUCUUCUCUUCUGUAAAUCUUAUGGCCAGUUGAAUUGUGGUGCUGCAAAUGGCUAUUUCACAAGCGAAUGUUUAGAUUUUUUUCAAACCAGGAAAGGAGGUUUCAUGAUUGAUGUCUUUAUGUCUCAGAGUAAUAGCUUUUUUUUUUAACCCCAAUCUCCAUGAUAAAUAUGAGUUUAAUCAACAAAUACUCAAAGGAAGGUUUUGCUGUAAAGGACAGAGACUCCUCUUGGUGCAACGUUGGCACUGAAGAAAGACAAAACACGCCUGGGAAACAGUCAUUAUGAAAGGAUGUAAAAUACUAUUGCAUUUUUUUCUUACCUUGUUUCUUGAUGUUAAUAUCAAUGUAAAUACAAAUUUAUAUUUAAACAUUAAAA